AAAUCCUCCUCCACACGUCCCUCGCCUUUCCCAGCCUGAAGUGAGUCAACGGCCAGAGCGACCCGCGCCGGCGCCAGACGACCCCCCUGCCCACAGUUUGUGGGGUGGGGGUGGCCCAAUGGAGCGGGGGGGGGGAGGCGGGGACGUGCAAGUGAGGUGGAAGAGGAGGGGCAAAAGCGCCUUAGCUCCCCCCCCCCCAGGGAGACGCUCGUGGCAAAGUCAACGACCCGGAGCCCGCCGGGCCUCAUCAAACGCCUCAGCCCGACCCACAUACGUCAUGGAAACAAGCACGUCAGGCAACUCCGACCAAUAGCGGGAGGUCGGGGAGGCGGAGAAAGCGGCACGCACCGCCCCUUCAGGCGCCAGUGCCAAUCGGAGGCUCCGCCCUUUCUCUCCCCCGCUUGCCCCCCCUCACCAGUGAAGGCGCCGCGCCUUCAGACCCCCGCCUCUUCCUCCAACCCAAGCGAGACCCUGUCACGUGACGGGGACCGGGGAGAGAGUGUGAGUGAGUGUGUGAGUGAGGGGGGGUCGGGCCGGUUCGGAACCUGGUGGCUACCGUCGCUUUGGGGAGGAGGGCUCGCCUGAGGAGAAGCGGGCGAACGGACUAGUAAGUGGCCGACCCUCGCGGUGGAGAGCGAGCGAGCGAGCGUGCGGGCAGCGGAGAGGGAGAGCGAGCCGGGCCGCCUGUGGCUGGGAGGCGGCGAAGGCAGCGGCUCCCUCCGGCGCGGCAUAUGGCUCGGCGAAGGGAGCCGAGCGCUGCCCGCACGCCUGCCUGCCGCUGACUAGCGAGGGCGAGGCGCUGCUGCUGGGGAGCUACCGCGGAGGGCGGGGCAGGGCGCCCGGCUCCCUCCUCCUCCUCCCCCUCCCUCCUUCCUUCCCUCCCUCGCUCCGGCUGCUGCUGCUGCCGCCACCUCCUCUCUCCCUCCCUCCCUCUGUCCCUCCGUCCCCUCCCGGUCUCAGGCGGGCUUGGCUGGGGCUCGCGCGCUCUGGGGCGGGGUGGGGGGAUCCUGUGCAGCAGGCAGGCACUGGAGGUGGAGGCGGCGGCGGCGGCGGCGGCGCUGGCCGCGUGUGGGGCUUGGCGGCGGCGGCGGCGGACCCUGAGGUAAGGGGCGGAAGGGUGGGCAGCGUGCGGCCGGGCAGCCCGAAGAGAGGACGCGGCGAGGGCGUCGGACGGGGCACCUCCGGAGGCGCAGGUGGCGAGGCGCCGCGGAGCAGCGCAGGCCAGGCGGGCUGGAGGAUUAGCCUGCCGGAAGGAGGCGGCCGCGGGGUGGGGGUGAGGGGCAGGAGACCUGGGCCCUGCCCGCGCCCCUCCUUCCCACGGGGAGCCCACGCCGGCCGCCUCGAAGCCAGGCGCGGCAUGACCUUGAGGGCAGCCCGGGAGCAGCGCCUACGGCCGCCCGCCCGCCCGCCACCUUCUCGCUGGGCGAGGGAAAGCGAGGGAGCUCUCCCCUCAUGCCCCUCCGGUUGGUCAGCGUUCAUCUCCCCGUCCGCCGACGCGCGGCGGCGGCUGCUCUUUAGAAUGGGCCGCCCGGCGCCCGUUAGGUGAAGGUGCUUCUUGGUCUCCGGUUUGCUCUGCCGGGCUAAGUAGCCGGGAUUACGGCGCCGCCACUGCACGGCAUUAUCAUCCUCGGCAGCCUUGAGCUUCUAUUUACCCGCCCUGCGGGGCGCCCAGCCGCCCGGCCAGCCUCUCUCCUCUUGGGGAAGGGAGUCGGGAGCCGGAGGCUGGCGGCCGAGGGUCCUCCUGCUCCUACCUGCUAAGCCUGACUCCUUGCUUUCAAGUCAGGGGUUGUGGUUGGGAAUAGAGCGGAAUGUCAGGCUUCUCUCUCUCCCCCUCUCUGUGUGGUUUAUCACGACGUUAAAGUGAUUUACUAAUGGCUUAGUUGCAUGUGUCGCUUAUGAACAUUUUGGAAGCGCCCUCGAAUGCCGCGUGGGCCGGCGAGGCUGACCAAAGCAGCCUCCCCGGGGCAAGCGUCUGUAUGUGAGGAAGGUGGCGUUAGGAUUUAUCCCAUUUCAUCGAAAGUUUUCAUGACCCUGUCAUCUCCGCCAAGUGGUAUGCCUAAGCUUUGGAUGUGACCACCACGUGAGUUCAUGAAGAUGCCUUCACGGUGCCAGUAGUGGGAUGAGGUGUGGGAUUGAGGGGGAAGAUUUCUGCGUGUACUUCAUAGGAAGAAAGCGCUGCCUGUUUGCCAUACUACUACCUGCCCAAAGGGAACUUAGAUGGGUGACCAGGAAUAUCUUCACAUUCAUCUUCCAGACAGCUGGCACGUAUACUUCCUGGAUGUAAAAAGUUGGAUAUAGUUGGAGGAAAAACUUUUGUGAGCAACUUACCUGGAAACUAACUGAUAAACGUUUGGAGUAUCUGACCUUGUUGUUGCCAAUUUGUACCUACUGUAACCACUCCUAAUGUAGAAGACUAUGCUGGCAAAGAUCCAGUUUCAUUAAAACAAGGUAGGAGGUUCCUGGUUGAAGUACCUAUCUCUUCUUGGUCUGUGGAUUUGAUUAAAUUCUGUUGUAAGAGUCUUGAAUAAUGCCGUUUUUCCUUGUGCUAUACUUAUCCCCCACCCCACCCCUUUGAGAUGUUUAAGAUAACUGAACUGCUUUGCUCGCAUUCUACAAAUGCAAGUAUAGGAACUCAAAGUAUUUGCUGAUUCACAGAGUAGUAUGCCUUGGCUUUUAUCACUGUAAAUCAAGCUUAGGUUGCUCAUCCAUUUAAGAGUUGGUGGCUGAGACUGGGAGCCUGCAAGUCCCUGGUUGAAAAUUUAUCUCUGCCAUUAAUUCACUUGUUGCCCUUAAAACAUGCCUCUAUUAUUGUAGUCUCAGCCUACCCCCUGCCAAAGAUAUAUGAAGUAUGUGAGGUUAAUAAUUCUUUAACAAUUUCCAAAAGAAACAGAAAUGUAAAAUAUUACUAUGCCAUAAAGCAAUCUUCCUCAGUGUGGUUCCCUUCAGAUACUGCUGGACUACAAUCCCCAUCAUCUCUGACCAUUGGCUAUGCUGACUGAGGCUGAUGAGAGUUACUGUUGGAUGAAAUUCAUAGGCCAACACAUUGCGGAAGGCAGCCAUAGAAACUGGGGAUAGAUAUGACACUCACAUAGUAUAUUUAUACAACCAAAUGCAGAUCCUGUGGCAAUGAGAACAAAGCCAAGGGUGUCAAAAGGCACAGUGUAAGGGUUUAGCAUCACUAUGUAGAAUUUACAAGAGAUACCAUAGGAAUACUAGAAAUACACACUUAAUGUCCAUACCCGAUGUAGUCUCUUGGUCUUUUGUCUCCUGGUCAAAACACACACCCCCAUCGGCAGUUGAUCUUAAAUACUAAUAUUUAGUAUUUUUCUUAUAUUAAUGCAGGUUUAGUAUGAAGAAAUAAUCACACAUGAAAUAAGUACCUUUCAGUACCUUAUGGUCCUUAACAUUUUAGAACUUCAGUUCCAAUUGUAGAAGUCUACAUGAUCAUCAGAUCGGAAGUGACAGUAUUUAUGGCGUAGUGGAUGCAAAUAGAAAAAUGAGUUGAAAUAAAAGAUGGAUCAAACUGUUUCUGAAUUAGGUGUUGAUCUAUUUGUAAAACAGUUUCUUGUGUGGAUUGAUGCAGUGGUAGCAAAUCUAUCACCUAGAUGGCUGUCUUUAUGGAGAAAGAGGAGCAUAGCUAUGUGUGUUGAUGCUCAGAUUAUGACAAGGGGAGCAUUUCACAUUAUUGAUUAGCAGUGCCCCUUCUAAUAUUAUAGUACUACUUUUUCUUAAUAAGCUUAUUGAGUUUAUAACAUUGAGUAUUGGGGUCCCUCAGUUGUCUAAAGGAGACUGGGCUUGAUGAACCAGUAAUCUAACUUGGCAUAAUGCAGCUUCCUAAGUUUCUACAACAUAUUUCCAAUAUGAAACCCCAUGACUGUUAGCAUGAACUCACUAACUUUCAUCUGUCAAAGUUUAAAACUCAGAAUUAGCAAGGUGCAUGGUGUGUUUCAAAGAUGACACACAGGCUACAUGAUAUCUAUACUUAUCAUCUCUAUAGUUAUUUCUGGGCAGUACCACUGGUAUUGCAAAUACACAAUAACGAUAAUAGUGAAUAUUUGUACUAAAAUGUAUGUUAUCUUGCAAGUUGUAUUUCUAUUAAAAUCAAGCCAGAGGGAAGCAGAUGCCUUUGCAUUUUGCCUCUACUUAAUGGCUGUGUUCCACAGACUAUAACUGCAACUGAAUACGCUGAAAUCCCAUCCUUUUGUAUUGCGAAAUUAAGUAAUAGCAAGCAGUCAUUGGUUGUUAGGUUUGUAAAUAUAGAUUAUUUUAGGUGAUCUGUUCUGAAAUGGUUGUAGCAACCUCAUUUAUAAAUGUUUCACAGGUGACAACUUGAGUACUGUGGCUCAUUCCGAAUGGUUUUUGACAUGCGAUUAAAAACAGAUCUGUUCACAAUGAAUUUAAAUUCUAUUUUUUGAAGGAAAAACUUCUAGAUUUAUCUGUUGUGUUCAGCAAUAUUUCUUUUGAAAUACUUUACUCAUGAUACAGUUAGUCUUGGCGUGAAGAUAGCAGGUGGUAAAUCUUGUAAGAUUCUAAAAACCAGCAAAAGUGACUCUCAUGAAGAUUUAAACACUUUAUUAUUGGGCACACAUGUUGGUAGGUUAUUGUCCAACUGCCUCGGGAUCCAGUUUCUAAUAAAGGCAAGAGACAGUGUUUCUUCUUGGAUAGUUGGUAGUGAUUGGACUAUAUAUUUUAGGUGCGUAGUGCAAAAGAUUAACCCUGUACUUAUGAAAAUACUUGUUUAAUGGUUUAAUUUGCUUGUUGAUAAGGCAUGCUGUCCCUUAUCCUUUGCAUAAUAAACCUAUAUAUAAACACACACACACACACACACACACACACAUAUAUGCUUUGCAGGUUGUAAUGGAGAAUUUUCCGUAAAAUGUAAAUAUUUUGUAUGCUAAGAAAAAUGGUUUCAUUUUACCUUGAACACUGGAGUUUAUGGGCAUACACACCUUAUACAACUGGUGAUGGUAGUAGAAAGUACUUGCUAUCCAUGUAUGUUUGGAUCUUGCAAAUUGGGUCGUAAUUCUAUGUACGGUUACCUUGCAGUAAGUGCUGUUGAAUUACAUUAGGAAUUACUUCUGAGUGAGCAUGCAUAGGGUUGCACUGUUGUGUAGUUUCUAUCUGGGGAGGAGGCAGCUUAUCUAGCACCAAAGACCACCAUCAUGCUACAUAUUAUAAGUAGAAAAGCUGUAGCUCUUAUAUUUCAUGUAACUUCCAUUUAUCCGAGCUAAUGAAUACCUUAUAUCUAAUCUGAACUUCAUAUUAAAAUGGUGUGUGUGUAUCUGUCUGUCUGUCUCAGUCAGCCAUUUUGGAUGCUGGCAAGGUACUGGAUGCUGGAUCAUGGUAAUAAUAGUUGGCAGAUCUUGUAGUCCAGAAGAAUGGAUCCAAUGUUUAAUCAAGUAGAAGCAUAGGUUUGGGGUACUUUUAGGGUAUAAGGCAACUUAAGGUACCGGUCAUGGGCCUAUAACUCUUUAAACAUGGUUGGGACCUAGAUAGUUUUCCCCAAUGUACAUAAUAACCUCUCAUGUUAUGUGCUCUACGCUCUUAUGGAAGCCUUUCUGAACUAAAUUUAAAUGGGUAUACAGAUACACAUUUGUGGAUCUCAUUCAUUUGGUACCUAGUUAUGCUAACGUCUUGCCUGUUUGUUCCUGAUGUUGUAAAUAUAAUCUCAAAUAUACCAUAAAAUUGAAAAGCAGAAGUUGACAGGCCUUGCAAUAAAAAUGCAAAUACCUUCGGAGUUGCUAACUCUGCCUUUUAAGUUUUGAAGCAACACUUAGCAACUCCCUCCUUCACUUAACAGGAUUCUUUCUCUUUCUCCCAGCUGCCUUUCUCUUUUCUUUUUACUUGUACCUCAUGUUGCCCCACUUCUUCUGUAGAGCUGCUGCCCAUAACUUUGCUUCAUUUCUAAGUAUAGAAAACAUAUUCUGUUGCUGGCUGCACAUAUACUCUCUUGUACUCCAGGAUUUAAAGUGCCAGGAGUAGUUCUUCACAGUGAUGGAGCAGUGUGCAGUUUUCAGCAAGCAGGUGAGUGGGGAAUUGCAUGGCUGCACUAGGUGCUUUCAUGCUAGGCAUAAAUUCCUGUCUCCAAACUUGUGGUCAAGUAUUCAAGCAAGUAGCUGUUCAUAUACGUUACCAUGUCCAUGUGGUGUAAUAUACCAACUGUCCAGGGAAACUCACGUCAUACAUCUGUCCCCAGGAAACCUUUUGAGUCAUAGAUCAGACCCCCAUCUCCAUUUGUGAUACACCUGAUGCUUCAGAGUAGGAAGAGACAACCCAAAGCACUGAGGGCUAUUUUCAUUUUUGUUAAAAGAGGGGUGCACAGCUAUUUUAAUUUCAGAACAGUCUGUGUCUGAAUACAAUUCAGUCUGCCAAUCCUUUGCACAUAACACAUUCUAUUUGUACUCUUACCUAUUAAAACAUUCUCUCCCUUUAUUUCUCUCUCCGCACAUUGGAGCAUGCACACUUUUCUCAACAGUCUGUUGCCAUCUCCUUAUAUUUCCUUUCCACCUGGGGUUUCUGUGCCUCUACCUCUAAUCCUUUUUUCUUUGCACUCUGUGGCACUCUCAUGUUUCCAUACCAGCAGGUUUUUCUGCACACCCUUUCUGUUUUUCUCUUUUUCUACCGCAAAGUCUAUCUGCACUUGCAUCUUUUAACAUUUACUCCUUUUUUUGUUCACUCCUUAAUGUGCUACUCUGAGAGCUUGCUACCCAUUUUUCUUUCUUGUACAUCUACAUCGUUGUUUAUAUCUCCAUACUUCCAUUGGUUUCUUCACUCACAUAUUUAAAUCUAUCUUUUCUAGGGUUGCCAACUGACCAGACAACCCAUGCUGGCCUGUUUUUCAGCCUUGAACAGCAGCUUCUGCAGAAUCUAGUGCACUAGGCUGAAUAUCUUUACAGCAUGCAAAUAAACAAUGGCACCUAAUAAUAUCUGCCUUUAAAGGCACAGCUAGACUGAGCAGUUGAAGAGCUAGAAACCCUACUUUCCCAGAAUGGCAGAUUAGACUUCCAGCAGUUCACAUGGUGAGAUCUUCAUAUAACAGGUAGAGCACAUAGUUAAAUUGAUUGGUUGAAACACAAUGGAAAAACUGAUGCCAACUCUACUGAAAACUCUGAGUUGGAGAAACACAAAACAUAACAUAAGUGUGUCGAUAUGACACUGAAGCCUGGCUCACAAAUAAGACUGCAAACAAUGAGUUUUAGAAUCUCCCUGGCAGUCCGGGGCUGUACAUAUCCAAGGAGUGGGACUUAGUUGGUUUGCAUGAUGUACGUUAGGCAGGUUUUGCCACUGAAACGUGUCCCCACACCCUGAGAAAGAGGAAAGGCUUGGAGAGUAGAUCUUGCUUGGGACCUGUGGGUCUUAAUUAAUGUAUCAGAUAAGAAUAUUAAAACCUUUUUUCUCAGAUCUGACAAUCUUGAUGUGUAGUUGUUUUGAGACAUCACAAAAAUGUUAUACUUAAAGUCUUCUCUGAUAACCCAACUAUCCAUUUGUGUCCAGUUAAUAACUAUUGAACCUGCCCUUUUCCAUUUUCUCUAGUCUUUGAGGCCCUCCCAAGUCAUACCGAGUUAUUUCCUGCUUCAGUGUGUCAACUGACUGUUCAACCAUGAUUUUCAGGUAGCCUUUGGCGAGUUUCUGUCUAAUGCUCUUUUUUCUACUGGAAAGUAUCAUGGAACAAAGCAUAUUUUGUCAGUAUGUUGCAUUUUCCUUUCAAAAGAUUCCAAAGAUCCAGAGACUGAUGACAGAUCCCUUCAAUCUGAAGAAAGUACAGUAGUACCCCAUUUUGCGACCGGGAUCUGUUCUGGAGCCCUGGUCGCUGGCCAAAAAGGAUGCUGGACAAAGCACACACACAUGGAGUGAAUUGCGCUCCUGCCAUGCACGAAGUGCGAUUUAGCACUUCUGCACAUGCGCAAGUGGCAAACCCGGAAGUAACCCGUUCCGGUACUUCUGGGUAUGCCGCGGACGUUCGAUGGAACGGGCACUUGACGAGGCAGAUGCUAGAUGAGGUACCACUGUAUCUUUCUGCAGACAUCCACAGAACUUUUAUUUUGCAUGAUAGCCAGCCACUAUUUGUGGUUGUCCUGGUGCCUGUCAAACAUUUGACAUCAGCAGAGGCUUGUUGAAAGGGAGAGGCAUUUUAUGUGGCCAUCAUGCUAAACUCCUACAGAAGGCAUAUGCAGUUUUUUACUGCUUUUUGCAAAAGCUCACCACAAACACUCCUGCUUUCCACUAUGUUUCUGCAGUUCAUGGGUGGUGAAGGCAGAGGUGAUCUUUGUUAAAGGAGUGAGUUGAACCUUUGAUCUUGCCACCUAAUCCCUUACAUUUUCUAUUUUUCUUUAAUAAGGUUAAAAUAAGCACCUUUUCAGCUUUAGCACCUCCAUGUUAGAAUACUUGUCAGUGGCUUGGUUAGCAUAUCACAUUAAACCAGUGUUUCCCAAACUUGGCUCGCCAGUUGUUUUUGGACUACAAUUCCCAUCAUUCUUGACCACUGGUCUUGCUAUCUAGGGGUGAUGGAAGUUGUAGUCCAAAAACAGCUGAAGACCCAAGUUUGGGAAACACUCAAUUAAAUCAUAGUUGAAUGCUUUCCCUAAGGAAAAUGCUAUUUUAUUCAAAGUAUUUUGAAGACAGAUGAAUUCUGUUGGCUAUAUAUGCUUGCACAUCUUAAAUUGUAGAUGGUUGAAGUUUUUUGUGCUGGAUUUUGUAAUCAGGCUUGGUGCUAAGGUUGGUUUUAUGUUGACUGCUACCUGAAAGGUGCUUCAAUGACCAUAAAGUCUGAAUUGGCAGUUUGGUCAAUAGUACACACACCUGCUAUCGGCAUUCUGACUGUUAAGUGACUAUUAAGUGGUACUAGAAAUACAUUAUUAAAAACAAUUGGUUUUUCCUUGUUAGCGAAAUAAUUCAUACUUCAUCUGUUGACAAAUUCAUGACCAACUAUGAUUGCUUUCAUUGGGUUAACUGCCGUAUACUAUACAUUUGAGAAAGCCGAGUCAGACAUUUGGCCAUGUGUACAUUUAAAAUACUCAGUUUUCCACAUGCCAGUUUAAAGCUUACCACUCCAGGGUCAGAGACAAUAUACCUCUGCAUACCAGUUGCUGGGAACACAGUUGGGGGAAAGUAGUAUUGCACUUGGGUUCUGCUUGUGGAUUUCCCAUAGGCAUCUGGUUGGCCACUGUGAGAACAGGUUGCUGGACCAGAUGGGCCUUUGGCUUAAUCCACUUAAUAGUCAGAAUUUCUAUAUACAUACAUGUAUCAGUUAUCAUUUCUAUCUCAAUGUUUUCAUGUAUAGAAAGGAAUGCCUCUGUAUUGUAUUUCUUGUACAGUAUUUAUAGAUGAUUGUAGUUAAGUUGUAUACAACAUGUUUAAAUAGAAUAAAGAUGGCACUGUUACUUUCCUUGCAAUUCUAAUUUUUGUUUGUUUAAGAAUGCUGUUUAUGUUACUUAUUUGUUACUUAUGUUUGUUACUUAUUUAAAAUCUGCUGACUGAUUAAUUGGAGGUACUUUUGAAAUUUAAUUGAACAACUAUCUAAGGUUGUAGUGCAAUUUAUACUGAUUUGAGGUGAUAUGUUUGUCUCUGACAUCAGGGCCACUUAACACCUGCGAAUCCUUUCAUAACUGUUUUGUCUCUGACUUGCAGCUUAGUGUGUGAAUUACUUCUAUUGAAUUACUUUUAUUGAAAAAUAGUGUUUGAGGUGAUAAAGGAACACUUCAGCAUGCAUUGCUUGAUGUUGCAGUAAUAAUAAUGUACAUGCAUGUGUUGCUUGCCCUUAAUCUCUUUCAGUCUUUAAAAUGGCUUUUCUAAAAUCAGACUAGUGUAGUCUGAAGAAAGAGCGUAGAAUACCUGGGUAGGUAUCAAAUCCUGCUCCAGUGUAUUAUCGUAGCACACCUGUGAGUGAUUUAAAACCUCUGGUCGAAUCCUUAUGCACUUUGUUUGCAUCUUGGUUGAAUAGCAACUUUUUGGGGUACAGGAUGUGGCUUCUGUAAGAAAGGGAACUAGAAAAGUGUCUGUAUUUGCAGCCACAGCUCAAAGCUCAUCAGUAGUAGUAGGUACUUGAAAAGGGUUCUUUGACUAUACACCCUGUUGAAGCAGAAGAGAAAUUUAAUUUUGGUUUAAACUGGAUGGCUGUACCUUAGGGGUAAAAGUUUUCCUCUUGUCAGUACAAACAUUUAAAUAAUUUGGGUUCUUUUUGACUCAAAAAGCUGUAGUUUAGAAGUGGUUUGGAGAAAGGAAAACUACCUUUCAUGUUGAAUGGAUAAAUUAAAGCAUUAUGGAAAGUUUCUGUGUUUGAGAGGCUGGUUAUCUUUAUAAACUUUGGGUAGGAUACAAGUAUUUUAAUUGAAGGCUGCUUCCCUUUUAAAAGCAAGCAAUCCCCUUCCUCUUUAUAGCACAAAGCACUCCCACCCCCUAUUGCUAUGCCCAGUGUAUCACUAGUUCCCUCUGCCCCUUUCAUUCCUACUCUCCUCAAUGCUACAAUAGAUGGGUAGCUUUGUAAAUUGGUCAAAUAUUGCCUAUUGUGUUAGAGUGUUGUGUCAUAAAGCAAAAUGAUUUUUCUAGCUGGAGAUCUGCACCUUGUAGUGGCAUAAUGUGAUGGAAAAGAUAAGUGUAAAACCAAUUCAAGAGGAGUCUUGUGUUACAUGCAUUUCUUAGGUGUAGGUGAUCCCUUCCCUGUACAGUAGCACCUUGGCUUACAUUACCCUUGGUAAUGUAAUUACCCUUGGUAAUGUAAACUUUGGGUUGCGAAAGCGGCAAACCCGAAAGUGUUUCGCCGUGCGUGCAUGCGCAGAAGCAGUCCCUCCAGUUGUGGAAACCUCGGGAUCUGACUGGAACUCUGGAACGGAUCCCGUCUGCAACCAGAGGUACCACUGUACUAGGUCGAUAAACAUGUUUAAAAGCUAACAUCUUUUUUUAAUGGCUGUUAAGUUUGCGGGUGGCGCUGUGGGUUAAACCACAGAGCCUAGGACUUACCGAUCAGAAGGUUGACGGUUCGAAUCUCCGUGAUGGGGUGAGCUCCCGUUGCUCGGUCCCUGCUCCUGCCCACCUAGCAGUUCGAAAGCACGUCAAAGUGCAAGUAGUUAAAUAGGUAGGAAGGUAAACAGCGUUUCUGUGCGCUGCUCUGGUUUGCCAGAAGCGUCUUAGUCAUGCUGGCCACAUGAUCUGGAAACUGUACGCCGGCUCCCUCGGCCAAUAAAGCGAGAUGAGCGCCACAACCCCAGAGUUGGCCACGACUGGACCUAAUGGUCAGGGGUCCCUUUACCUUUAAAUUUGCUCUGAGGCCGUUAGAGUAAGAAAUGUGAUGUGUUUAUUUCAUUUUAAACAAAACUCCUUGUCUGUGUAUCACUGAUAGCUACAAAUAGUUAAUUUCACAGCUAACCUGGGCUCAUAGCAUGUCUUGCGGUUCUAAAGUGGUGCUUUAAAUUCUUGACCAUUAUUGGAUAGUUAUGUAAUGGUCAAAUGACUAACCUGAACUUCAGGCCUUCUGUCUUGAAGCUCACUGCCCACUGAACCUCCUUGCUGUAGUUCCAGUGUUCGUCACACUGGUUUCCAGCCUUAAAACUACCUGCUCUGCACACCUGUCUCUGCCUCUACUGCCAACAGCAAGCAUGUCUCUGGUCUGUAGGCCUAGUGUGAAAUCUUUCUCUCAAGUGUAACUAUAUCUUUCCAUAUGGAAACUGCACUGUUCAUGAAUACUUUUCUCCUGGCAAGUUUUUCCUAAGCUUCCGGAUGUUUGCAAACAUUCCAUGUCAUCACAGUACUCCUUUAAUAGUCGGGAAGGGGUAAUGGACAGCAACUGGUUUUAGUAUAUUAUGGCUGUGUUUUAGAACCUGCUUCAGUAGUACAAAUAGUGCUUAAAUCAAUAUAGUAAUUGCAAUCUUAGGAAAUGGAGACAAAUGAUGCCAUCUAGUGAGACCUCAUGUUUUCAGCUGAAGUCAGUAACUAGACUGUUUAAUACUGGUAUUCUGACAUGAAACAACAUUCAUUCCUACAAACUUGCUUGUUGCAGUCAAAUCUGCUUUUAGUAGCUUUAAUAUUUAGGUUGUGUGUGUGUGUGUGUGUGUGUGUGUGUGUGACAUCUCAAAUGUAGAAGCACUUUUGAGUGUAAUCUUCAGAUUAUUAAACAGUUUGUACAUGCACCAAUGAUGUUGCUAAGUUAAUGCAAUAAUUUUUUCCUUCUGAUACUUAAGUAGGUGGGGAAACUGAUUUAUACAGCGCUGUGCGGGUGAUCCUGUGGUCUAAACAACUGAGCCUCUUGGGCUUGCUGAUCAGAAGGUUGGCAGUUCGAAUUUGCACAACAGGGUGGGCUCCAGUUGCUCCGUUCCAGCUUCUGUGAACCUAGCUGUUUGAAAGUCUACCAGUGCAAGUAGAUAAAUAUGUACCGCUAUGGCGGGAAGGUAAAUGGUUUUCCAUGCACUCAGGCACUCGUCACGAUGUCCCGCUGCGCCAGAAGCGGUUUAGUCGUGAUAGCCACAUGACCCGGAAAGCUGUCUGCAGGCAAACACCAGCUCCCUCGGCUAAAGUGAGAUGAGCACUGCACCCCAUGGUUGCCUUUGACUGAACUUAACCUUCCAGGGGUCAUUUACCUUAUUUUACCUUAUACUAGGAUAUUUGCACAGGAGUCUCUAGCUUUAUUUCAGUCUUGACAUUUUUUCACUCAGAAACUGAAAUAUUUUGGUUGGUUUUUUGCUAGUUCUGUAUACAGGUACAAUUGGAAUCACAGGAACCUGUGUACUCAAAAUACUUGCACAGAAGUUGGUAGCUGGCUGCAGUUCUUCACACCCCCUUGAAUACUACUAUGGAGAUUUUCCUGGUCUUGUGUGUGGCUUUGAGGGAAUGUAGGGCAGCCUUCCCAAACUGGUAACCUUCAGAUGUUUUGGAUUAUAGCCCCCAUCAGUCCCAGAGAAAAAAACCCUGAAUUGCACAUAAUUGUGUUGACUUGGAGUUCCCAAACUGUGACUUUUUGCUUAAAGUUAGUGAAACAUUUUAAAAUGCAGCCUUUGAGGAUCACUACCUCUACAUUGCUGAAGUUUCAUAGUAGUAUGAAGGGAUAGAAAAUAAGCAAAGAAAUGAGAAAUGGAUUAGUACUCUCUCGUGGUGGUUACUGAUCCACACGCAAAGAAGUAGAAUAAGUAAGUAUCUAGCUGGGAAAUAAGCCCUAGCGAUAUUUACCGUAUUUUUCGCUCUAUAAGACGCACCAGACCAUAAGACGCACCUAGUUUUUGGAGGAGGAAAACAAGAAGAAAAAAAAAUCUGAAUCCCAGAAGCCAGAACAGCAAGAGGGAUCGCUGCGCAGUGAAAGCAGCGAUCCCUCUUGUUGUUCUGGGAUAGCUGUGCAGCCUGCAUUCGCUCCAUAAGACGCACACACAUUUUCCCUUACUUUUUAGGAGGGAAAAAGUGAGUCUUAUAGCGCAAAAAAUACGGUAUCUAUGAGGGUUUUUUUUGGUGGGGGUUAUGUCUGUAAAUUAAGCACAGGGGUCCAGUCCCAAGCACACCUGCCUUUCCUGAAGGAAAGAUGAAGUGGGGAGAAUGCAUUGCUGGGCAUUGAUCAUAAGUGCCUUUAGGCAGGGACUGACUUUGUGGUUUGGACCUGUAUCACCAAGGCUGUUUGGGCACCUGCCAAACUAACUCCAGCAUUUCAUGUUUUGUAAUUAAUAGGUGGUGGUUGUUUAGUUUUUAUUCAGUUCUGAGACUUCAUUGCUGAGACUGAGGCUUGCUUCUCUCAUUGUGCUCACCAGUCAGCAGAGUCACACUCACUUUGCUGAAUGUGGCAAGCAGUUUUGUUGAUGCCUUUCUUAAGGAUUCAUAUUUUGAAAGCUUUCAAAAACACCAGUGGAACCUGUGAAAAGUUAAGGUUCCGAAUUCAUGGCAUGUGCUCAUUUCACAUGACAGAUACAUUGGUGUCCUUCAGUUUUAUUAUGAAUUGAAAUAUAUUGUACAACAAGUAACAACAGUUCCCAUACAAACAAAUGUAGUGUUAAACAUUCCAUUUUCUACACAUGCCAUCCGUUAUAAGAAAUCUGCUCAAAAGCUUUCUGUCAAGUAAACCGUGUGUGUGUAUUAUAAAAGUCAUUUCGUUACCCCAACCUUUAUUUUCAAAAUAUACUAUACUGACUCUGAUGCUUCAGUUUUCUAGCAUUUACAGUGUAUUUCAACUUAACUGCUGUAUGAAUGAAAAACACAGAUAACUGGUUGUAUGGUUUAAGCCCAAAUACAACAUUUAAAAUGUUUUAAGACUUUCUUGCUCAUCCUUUUAAGGCAUUUAACGGGGUUUUCACAAACCAUUGUUCUAAUUUAUCUAUAUGGUGGUUUUGAUUUUGUAUUACUAGCCUUUGAUCCAUAUUAGACAAUAGCUUCUCAAAUAGUGUAAAGCAUGAAUACGUUUUAAAAAAACAUAGACAAAAAUGCCCUAUUCUGUUCUGCUAAUUCAGAGGUGUGGAAUCUUUUUCGCCUGGUGGGCCAGAUCUUUUUCUCAUCUCACACUGUGGGCCAGAUUUGCAAAGUGUGUGGGGUCACCCUAACUGAGCAGAAUUCAACCUCCUUUGUGAGCUGAUGAGCAGGGGUUAAAUCUUGUAGUGUGUUUGCCAGUUCUCUGUAGGGAACAUGUGCAACAAGCACAGAAAGGAACUUUCUUCCCACAUAUCAGCCCAUGCAAUUGAUGUCAGCGGAUUGACAGAUGGGUGGGUUUUUUGGGGUGGGGGUGGGGUGGGACUAGCCUGCAGGGGCUGCAAGACCUGAGGCCUGCAGGCUGGAAAUUCUCCACUGCUGCAUUAGUUGUUGUUAACCUUCUGUUUGCUUUCUUUGGUAUAGCAAAUGUAAUUAAUUACUUAUAGUUCCCAAGUAAAUUAAAAAGUUCUAUCAACUAGUUUAUUGAAAUAUAAGAGGUUUAUAGGAUAUAAGGGUUAAUAAAAUAAAAAUUGUUAGCAAUGUCUUGAUUUAAAAAUAAUUAAUAAUGAUAAAUUAAUGUAAGGUGGUACAUCAUAGAAUCAUCUAUCAAAAAAUCUACUUACGUUAUUAGUUAUAUUAACUUUCCACAGAAGUAAUAAGAGAUAUCUCUAGAUCCGUUUCUAAAAAGAGAAAAGCCUAUGUACAGUGGUGCCUCGCAAGACGAAAUUAAUCCGUUCCGCAAGAGUCUUCGUCUAGCGGUUUUUUCGUCUUGCGAAGCAAGCCCAUUGACGGAUUAGCGCUAUUAGCGCUAUCAGCUGUUUAGCGGCUAUUAAAGGCUUAAAGGCUUAGGGGAUUAGCUGCUAAAAGGCUAUUAAAGGCUUAGCAGAUUAGAUAAAGGGGGGGGAAAGCGAAAAAAAAAUUUCUAGACUCGCAAGGUAUUUUCGUCUUGCGAAGCAAGCCCAUAGGGGAAUUCGUCCUGCGAAGCAACUUCAAAACGGAAAACCCUUUCGUCUAGCGGUUUUUCCGUCUUGCGAGGCAUUCGUCUUGCGGGGCACCACUGUAAUCUCAGGGUUGUGGGGAGAGUACUUCCUCUUUUCCACCAUUUCCCAGAAACCAAUGUAUUCCAAUUAAAUCUUGCAUUGAUGCCAUCUCAGAAAGUGGAGAAGAAAAACACCAAUAACAAAACAGAACAAGGCAAUCCAGGAAAAUGCAGGUGUUCACCUGGUGGUAGCCUGGGAAUCUACCACUUCAUAACUGAGUAAAAAUCAUCCUUCAAUGCUAAACAUCCUGACAUGCCCCUGCUAACCCUCUAGAUCAGUUGCUGGGGGUGGGAGGGGAGGAACAGAAAAGAAAAUCCUGUUGCAUAGGCAGAAAGUCAUUAUGCUAACAGGAUUACUUUGUUGAAUACAACUGUGGGUAUAACUUACAGUGCUGUUAAACAGUGCAAAAGAGCCAGGAAUUGGGGGAGUUCUCUAAUACUACCACGUGAAAAAUAGUCAUUUAUCAUGCUUCUGAUUGGGAGUGAAAGGGAUGCUUUUGCAAAGGAAAACUGUUCAGUAGAGUAGCCAGGUCACAUAGUGGCAAUCUUGUGACAACAAAGUCAUAAGGUAAUUGUGUUGUAUGAAAUGCUACACGUCUUAAUAGUUCAAAUCUUAAUUAACAUCAACAGUUGGAACAUACUGAUAACAUUUAACCCAUGAUCAAGGUGUGUGGGAGAUGGUUUUGAAGAGGUGUUGUUGGAAAGGACCAUGCAAUCCUAUAGGCUGUUUCUCAGACCUUUACCAAAAUGCCUACCAUUAAAGACAUAAGAACUGAAACCAAAACAUCAUCUAGUUCAACAUCUUGUUCUCACAGUGGUCAGCUAGAUGCCUAUGGGAAAGGUGGAUGAAGAGAGGGGAAAGAGUUAAAUAGUCUCUCUAGCCUUGGCAGUCUGAGCAGAGAAAGACAAGAGGAUGGGUUGUUGGGGGGGGCAUUUUUUUUUUUUAAAGUGGAACUUUGCAGAGGAAAUCAACAUAGAACAACAUGCAACAUCUCACUCUAAUCAUACCAUUAGUUGCCUAUAGAAAAAGUCUCCUGCUGUGAUAAAAUAUGUUAUCACUCUUGAGGUUAUGUUUAAAUCUGGUACAAACAACACACUUGUAUACAUGAAUUUACUGGCUGCUGUUACCACUUCAAAAUAUUGUUUAGCUUGGUAGGGGAAAAAAAAUAGGGAAAAAAAUAGCUGUACUGUAGUGUAAAACUUCAUUAUACAGUGGUACCUCAGGUUAAGUACUUAAUUCGUUCCGGAGGUCCGUUCUUAACCUGAAACUGUUCUUAACCUGAAGCACCACUUUAGCUAAUGGGGCCUCCUGCUGCUGCCGUGCCGCCAGAGCACGAUUUCUGUUGUCAUCCUGAAGCAAAGUUCUUAACCUGAAGCACUAUUUCUGGGUUAGCGGAGUCUGUAACCUGAAGUGUAUGUAACCCGAGGUACCACUGUAUAAUACAAAAUUUCAUUUUGUUUUAUAAAAUUCUAUAGAAUUGAUAGAAAUAAGACACUUAUCUGAGCUCUUUACAUUUUCCAUGGUCAGAAUUUUACUUAUCAACCUGUUGGUGUCUCAUUGGACAUACAUCCAUAGGUGGAUCCUGACUACAUCAGUAGCUGUGUAUCACUGUGAAGAGUAAAACAAGGCCAACCUUCAGGUCUAGUUCAGAGGUCACCUGUUCAUAGUGAUCACUUAAAAUAUUUCUUGGAAAUUAAUUACUAGAUGCUUAGAUGCUAUUAUUCUUUCAUGCUUCAUCGGUUUACAGAUGUUGCCUUUCUGUCUCUGACUCUUUUGUGAGUUUAGAACAGUGGUUCCCAACAUUUUUUUCUGUGAACCACUUGGAAACUUGCUGAGGGUCUUGGCAGGCCACAAUGGGUUUUUCUACCAGCUGCAACAGUUGUAAUGCAUUGUGUCAGAUGCUGUAUGAUUUUUAAUUGUCUUUUAAUUGCUUAUUUAUUUAUCUAUUUUGUUGUAAUACAGUUUUCAUGGAAUUUAAUUAUACAAUAUACAUGUAUUGAAAGAAGCAAUAGAACACAAUUGUAAUCAAUGCAAAUAUUUAAUUCAAGGGGUGCAUAUGGAACAGAAAUGGGUGGAAUUUAUUGAGGAAUUUGUGUGUAGGUGGGAUUGGUUGCAAAAGGCAAGACAUCUGUGAAGCGGGUGGGAAAGGACUGAAAAGACUUCUACUCAAAGCACUCCAGAUGUAAUCUCUGUUAUCUGCAAAAUCCCUUUAAACUUGUUAUUAUUUUCCCCUGCCACUUUUCCCUUCUAAACAUAAUUGCAACUUGGCUCUCUUUCUCCCUACACCUCAUCCUGUAGCAGUUCCCAUGCCCCACUGAGAUCAGUGGUAGAUAUGCAUAAGGUUACAGCCUUAGAAGCUUGAGCUCAUGCACUUUUAUUCAAAAGUAAGCCUUACUUUUCUGUGGCGAUUAUAAUCUGAGGCCUUUCUUCUUGUGCCGCUUCCAUGUGAGGUCUGGAGGGAGGCAACAUGAAAACGGGCUUUUUUUUUUCAGUGGUUCCCCAUUUGUGGAAUGCUCUCCCCAGCAAUGUUCAUCUGGCACCAUCAUUAUAUAUUUUUAGGAACCAGACAAAAACGUUCCUCUUCAACCAGGCCUUUGGCUGAUUAAUAUUCUGUGACUGCCACAUCCUUGGUGCACAGGCACAUACUCCAGAAGAGGGAGCGGGUGGAAAGGGCUACCGGAACUGAUGUCAGUUGCUACUGCAACUAGAGUUGGAGGACUGGGUAAAAUAUGUUGCUACCUCUCCUCUGCUCUCAUCCGGUAACCUUCCACACUUCGAAAAUGAAAUCAGUUUAGAAGGAAGGGUGAAUGUGAGAGAAGGGGAAUGUGAAUUGUUCCACUAGCCACAGAAGAGUUGGGUUGCAAAACAGGUUCUGCCUCCAACAGCAUGCAGUGCAAAGCCUUAGAAUGACCGAGGAGCUGUUGCUCCCACAGUUCUUCUCAGUCACAAAGAGGACCAACAGCAUGAAGCUCAUGGACUAUAUAUAGUUUGGCAACUACCUUUUAGAACUUUUGAGUCAUUUGGUUACUAUAGCAACAGAAAUGGUGCAAUUAAGGUGCAGUUUACAUAAAAGCAAUAAAAGUGCAACCAUAACAGUCCAUAAAAUUUCCUGGACUAGCUAAAGUCAAGAUGAAGCAAAACUAUAUAUCAUAUAAAACAGAGCAACGCACAGAACAGAGAAAUAACAAAUUAAGAGUCAAGAUUCACCCCAUGAAUUACCUGAGGGAAGGCAUUUCGGAGGGUAUUUCAAAGGCCUUACGUCUGACUUUUCUUCAUAUGGCAGUCUGCCGAUAGUGAAAAGACUUCUCUGAAAAUCUUAAAGAUUGACUUGAUCUGUAUUGGGGGAGGUGGUCUGGCCUAAUUAAAACCAAAUUUGAAAUUAGUAUCUUUAAUUAAAUUGGCAAGCUGUAUAACGUAACUGGGUUUAAAGCAGGGUCAAAGUUGUAGAGAGUGGCUUCUGCAAUUCUUUUGAGUUUAAUUCAAAGGGGAACUUGUAACCUCAGCUUUAUAGCCAGAUGGGGUUUUUGUAAAACUAUUAACUUAUAACUAUUAGAAAAUAAAACAUGAUGAAGAGAUUUCUUUUCAUUUUUUUGUUGACUAGAUCACAAACCCACUUUAUUUUGACAUUUCAUUCUUACCAAUAAGUUUAGAAUUGUGUGUGUGUGUGUGCGUGUGUGUGUGUGUGUAUUUGCAUUUGCAUGUCACGUAUAUUGCUGAAAUCUACCCACCCUCAAAAGGGCACCAGAGUCGUGGAAAGAGGCGUACAUUACACUUAUACCAAAAGCAGAGACUGAAAAGACUCGGCUUAAGAACUACCGCCCUAUAUCGUUACUUAAUGUGGAUUACAAAAUUUUUGCAGACAUUUUGGCCAAGAGAUUGAAAAAAGUAUUGAUGGAAGAGAUCCAUAAAGACCAAGCGGGCUUUCUCCCAGGAAGACACUUGUCUGAUAAUUUGAGAAAUAUAAUUGAUAUUUUGGAAAAACUAGAAGUGAAUAUAAAUACUAAAGCAGUUCUGAUAUUUGUGGAUGCGGAGAAAGCCUUUGACAACAUCUCUUGGAGCUUCAUGAAGAAGAACCUACAGGGGAUGGGGGUAGGCCAAGGUUUUGAAAAUGGUAUAGGUGCAAUAUACUCUGAACAAAAGGCUAAAUUAAUUGUAAAUAAUGUGGUGACGGAAGAAUUUAAGAUAGAAAAAGGGACACGACAGGGGUGCCCAAGCUCCCCAUUGCUUUUUAUAUCGGUCCUGGAGGUUCUGCUGAAUAUGAUUAGAAGGGACCGGUUGGUUAAAGGUAUACAGGUCGGAGCCAAACAGUACAAACUGAGAGCAUUUGCAGAUGACUUAGUAUUGACGUUACAGGAACCAGAAUCUAGUACUAAAAGGGUUUCAGAACUAAUUCAAGAAUUUGGUCAACUGGCAGGAUUUAAACUGAACAAGUUAAAAACUAAGGUUUUAGAGAAAAAUUUAACACUGAUUGAAAUGAGACAGGCCUGACUGUGGUUAAGAAAGUGAAAUACCUGGGGAUUAAUAUGACAGCCAAAAAUGGGAACUUAUUUAAAGAUAAUUAUGAAAAAUGUUGGACGGAAGUGAAAAAAGAUUUAGAAAUCUGGUCAAAUUUGAAGCUUUCACUGUUGGGUCGUAUUGCUGUGAUAAAAAUGAAUGUAUUGCCUAGAAUGCUGUUUUUGUUUCAAACAUUGCAAAUUGUGGACAAGAUGGACUGUUUCAAGAAGUGGCAGAGAGAUAUUUCUAGAUUUGUCUGGCAGGGCAAGAAGCCCAGAAUAAAAUUUAAGAUAUUAACUGAUGCAAAGGAAAGGGGUGGAUUUGCCCUGCCAGACUUUAAACUUUACUAUGAAUCAGCAGCUUUUUGCUGGUUGAAAGAAUGGCUACUUCUUGAAAACACAGACAUUUUGGACUUAGAAGGUUUUAACAUAUCAUAUCAAUUAGUCCAAAUUAUAUCAAUACACAUCAUAAAGUCCAAAUGUUUUCCAAAUUAAUUUUUUUUUUGUGGGGGGUACCCAUGAUUCCUCUAUCGUCAAGAAUCCAAAGAUCCAAAUUCGUGUGGCUUUCCUUACUGCAAUGAUGUUUCCAGUCCUAUCUUCUCAUAUUUGUCAUUUAUUCAUUUUCCUUUUCUGUCACCUCCGAGUUUUCUCCACAAGUGGAUUAAAAGGAACAGUCUUUUGAGGGGGAGGGUUAUCAGGUACUCACAUAAAAAUAAAAUAAAAAAGUCUUUUCCCCCCUCUCUCGUACCGUCCACAUACCAAAAUGUCGGCAGUUCUCUGGUUUUAUCUCUGUUCCUUUCGUCCUUUGUCCUUCCGUCUCGAUCUUCUUCACUCAGUGGUAAAUUUAUUUGCAGAUAAAAGCAUUCCUGAUUUCUCUUGAAGCAUGUGUGUUUAUUGGUCCAAUUCUUUUCUUCUUUUUAAACAUCGCAGCCAGGCUCGCUCCUGAAAGAAGCUGGCAGGGAGCUCCAAGCUUGCCCGAGGGCUUUCCACCUAGUGCCUCUCACCCCCUCCUUCAUCCGAACUCGGGGGUGAUUUAUGGCAACAGCAGGUGAGGCAGCGUCUUUUCCUUCCCUGAAAAGACGAAGGGAGGCUGAUGUACUCCCCAUAUCAGCCUCUAAUUACCUCUUGCAAGCCGGACAAGAUGUUAUUAGCAGCCAUCUUUCAAGGCGCCCCUAGUGGGCCCCCCAUUCGCUUCCACAUUUUUAAAGGAUGAAAAUGCUUUAGAAAGCUAUGUACUUUUAAGAUUUAUAUCCACUUACUAAUAGAAAUCUAAUCUUUCAAACCUGACUGUGUGCUCACUGUGCAACACAGUGCCCUUAAAACAGCUGCUUUCUGCUCCCUCCCAGAUGGACCUUUUUUCUUUCUUAGGAUGUUCAAAACACUCAGAUGACUUUGAUUCUAGUUUCUAGGAGUACAUGAAGUCCCAUUGGCAGGUGCUGUUCAUUUUGCUUAGCAUAUGUGAAAAAGUUCUAUUUUCCCAUUUUGUGCAAACUAAUUCUGGGAAGGCAGUGUUCCUUUCUCCCCAGUUGAAAUACAGACGCACACAAUGGCUGAAUAUUCUUACAUAUUAUCAUCACAGAAUUUUGCUAUUGCCAGCUUUGUCUACAAACACAGCUAUCUUGAGCAUCCUUUGAUGGAAAGGCAGAAUACAGAUUCAUCAAAUAAAUAUAUAAUGUAUGUAUGAGCUAAAUUGUACACCUUUAGUGAACGUGUGUUGAAUGUUGAAUUUGGGAAUGUCAUGGCUUGUACUUUUGUAUUACUCUUAUAGUGUAUUGAGAAGGUUAUUGGAUGCUGUAAAACAGGCUUCCUCAACCUUGGCCCUCCAGAUGUUUUGAGACUACAAUUCCCAUCAUCCCUGACCACUGCUCCUGCUAGCUAGGAAUCAUGGGAGUUGUAAGCCAAAAACAUCUGGAGGGCCGAGGUUGAGGAAGCCUGCUGUCGAGUCUCUUCCUCUAAAAUAGUCUGAAGCGUUUGUCUGAACCACUUAGCUUUAUUUGAAUUUUAACAUGUUGCCAUUGACAUCCUCUAAAAGCUGUUGGGUAGCUACAAUUACAACUAUGUGAUACCUGUGCAGCUGCUCCCUGUUUUAACUAUAUUAAGCUUUAAAGGAGCGUGCAUUACUCAGUUGAUUUACAGAUGAAUGACUUGAAAAGAUGCCUGCACUUUGGUAUGGCAUAGAAAUUAACUUUUGUAUUUUUGUCAGUUCUUGAAUAGCCAUGGUAAAAUGUUUGAUCACUUUAAUGUGUUUUUGCUGAUUUCAUUGACUGUAGUUGGUGGAACCAGCCCAAAUGGUUAAUCUGUCAAGUCAUUUGUUUGGAAUGAGUGGGAACUUGCAUGAUUAGCUUAAUGGAGAAUUAUUGGGUAAGUCGACAUUAAAGUUGUAUAUGUUGCAACAAAAAAGCUGUGCGUAGAAACUACUUGCAUUUAAACGGAUUUCUCCACCAUGCAUGUUAUUGCUCAGCAUAAUUUCACAAAAAUUGAAGAUACUCUGCAUACUGUUUGGAAACAAAUUGUAAUACAUCAAUUGCCUGAGAAUACCUUUCUAACUAAAGCUUUCCUGCCUACCUACUGCAAGAGUUAACUAUCCUAGAGUGUUUGGUAACACAGGUUAUAGGAUAGUUCACAACAUUAUAGACUGCAUUAGAGUCCCCUAACAUCCAGGACUUGAGGGCAGGGAAAAUAGAAAUGUAUAACAUCUGCAAUGGCUUAUAUACUGUCAGAAUAUAACAGAGUAUGUACAGUGUAUAAAAACUUUUCACAAAUAUUGAUUUCUGUAGAAAAGCUGCAUUGUUAAUAAUUUCAUACAGCAUAUUGAAUACAGGCAGGAUCUGACAGCUAGAAUAGAAAAAUAUCCAAUCAAAUAUAAAAUCAAAGUUGUAGUUAACUUAAAUCAAGUAAUUAUUCCUCAUUUAUGCACUUAAAAUAUCAUGCAAGGGAAGUGUGUCCUAUUUAAAUGUGUUUAAAAUACUUCCAAGAAUCCUAAUAAAAAUUUCAAAGUAAAGUGAGUUUGUUUUAAUGUAGCAUUACAUUAAAGAGCACUUUGAUUCCCCAGUCGUAUUUAAGUCUACUACUUUUGACUUUUCUGGGGAAAACCCCCCUCAAAAAGUUUUAAUGUAACAUGAUAUCAGGGCUAUAUGCAACUAAAUUGUUGUAUUAAUAGGAGAAGCCCAUCCACAAGGAUUCCUAAUAGCAAAGCAGGAAUUUCCCCCUUCUGUGCCAUCACCAAAUCAUCUUUGGAGGGUUGGAGGAAUUGCCAGAAUAGAUUUAGGAAAUGGAGAGGAGAUAACUGCCGCAAAACGAAAAUCCUUGUGCUGAAGGAACUGUGACUGUAGAGCUAUGUAGAAUAGUAAUUCAGAUAAACAUGCUAAAUCAUAUCUGCAUCAAUUCAGAAAAAAUGGUAAACCCACAUUGUGAUGCCUUGUUGGAUUUUAAAGUCUAGUAGUUCAGUUAUAUUGUUCCAGGACAGGGGCAUUUUUGGGUUGUUCAUGGGUAAAGGAGUUGCAGAGGUUCUGAGAGGCAAUGACAAAACUGGUGCUGGAUGAGAAAGCUUAUUUGACCCUUAUAUAUGUCAGUAUUUAUAAAUCUCCAUCUUUUCAGAUGCAGAAAUGGAAAUAUUUUUGUAGCUUGCUUACCUAGCAUUUGAGUGUUUUUCAGGCGGUAUCAACAACAGUGUUAUCACUAAGUUUAGCUUUCAGUAAUGUGACUAGUUGAGAGGAGAUUACUGUACAUUUUCCAAAUACUUCUGUUUUAUUAACCUUGCUGCUUUGAGCAGAGGCUACACUGGUAUUCUUCCUCCAGGGUAAUCUUGAUUCUGACUAAUGUGGGAAAAUGUUUUAGCACCAUAAUAGAAGUGGUAUAUACCAUAAAUAUAUAGAAUAAAAUUCACUUAGUUGGAUUGGAAUGAUUGCUCUUGGUAGAGGGAUAUAGUAACAGAUGUACAGAUGAACAGGGAACAAGAUUGUGGGUGACAAAAAUACUUCAUUUUGGAUUCUUCAGGCUUGGUGUACUUUUUGAAGCUCUAGUCUGUGAUUUUUAGGGCUAGGAACAAGUAUGGUUAAAAUAUUAAAGCUCAGUACAGUGGUGCCCCUCAAGACGAAUGCCUCGCAAGACGAAAAACUCGCUAGACGAAAGGGUUUUGCGUUUUUUGAGUCGUUCCGCAAGACGAAUUUCCCUAUGGGCUUGCUUCGCAAGACGAAACGUCUUGCGAGUUCUUGCGAGUUUGUUUCCUUUUUCUUAAAGCCGCUAAGCCGUUAAUAGCCGCUAAGCUGCUAAUAGCCGUGCUUCGCAAGACGAAGAGACUCGCGGAACGGAUUAAUUUCGUCUUGCGAGGCACCACUGUAUUUGCAAUUAAAAGAAUGGCAGUAUAGUGUACCAUAUAGACAUACAGAAUGUAGGCAGCCAGCUAACUACUCUUGUAGCCUAAUAUGGAUUUCAGAAUCACUAUAUGUUACCAUUUUUCUACUUUGUUUUUGCUUAUCACAAUCUUAAGUCUUCUAAAGCAUUGCCCAUUGGGACAAAAGCAGUAGCCAAAAGUAGUGCUUAAAAAGGCAACAAAAAACCUGAAGUGCUGGGGCACCGUAUUGGUGAGUACUGUCACAGAAAGUACUGCUUACAGGCAAACAUCUUGCGCCUCCUUAGAUUUUCCAGAAGCCUUGAUCUGAGUACCAGCAUCUUUGGGAGAUAGUCUUGGGAUUGAAUGCUUGGGUCUGAGAGUUCAAUUUUGCCUUCACAUAAUUAAAUUACCUUUAGGCUAGGAUUCAGCAAUUUUCAGUAGUGACCAAGAAUGUAACUGCCCUUGCCCAGUUUAAAAAAAAAAAAAAAAGUUACUUGGGCCUUCCUGGUUUGCUUUCUGAAAUGGAAGCAGAUUGAUUUCAAUCUGAAAACCUUCCGAAGUACUACAGGAGUCUAAACGUUACUUGGUGGAAUAAUGAUUUCUUUAUCGAGCACUUCAGGUUCAUUUUGCCUUUGUAAAUACUUACAGGACAAUGAAAGAUGUACACAAGUUUAUUAAUUUUAGUAGUGUUGAUAAUAUCACAUACCUCAUGUCACCUUACUGUCUGCACAAAAUAAUUUGUUCCAUGAAACUGCCAUGCUUCAGUAAGAAUGAUAUAAAAGGCACUAAGCGAAUGAGAGGUUAUAUAAUUCAUUUGGCCCGUGUUUACCAAAUUUAUUAUUAAAUUUCUAUACUGCUCAGUAGUGGAAUCAUCAAUAGAAAUUGAUUCAUGUUUGGAAGUAAUGAAUAGGCUCUCAUUUUUCUUUUUCUUUUUUGUUGAAGUUGGCUGAAAACACUAAUUGUGUUGAGACUGCCCUGUGGCAGUCUUAAAUGUUAAUAAAACAUUGUUUAAACACUUGUUGAGUAAGCAGUUGCAUUUAGUAAUGCUAGAAAACUAAGAAGAAAGCAAAACUAAGAUACUAUCUGACGGCUGCAAUGUGGUGCUUCACAGAUUUGUAAGGACUUUUGAGCUAAUUAGAUUUAAGCAAAGGCUUUCCUAAGAUAAUCACUUUGGGAGCCUUCUCUGGAGCCGGGCUGCUGAUAAUGUGUAGCUGAAGGUCAAACCUUCUACAUAGUAUUCUCCAAAGAUUAAACUGUGGGUUAUGAAAUGAACUAUUAGAAUAUUUCAAUUCCUGAAUGUUUCAAAAAAUAUUUUGCAGCUCAGACACCGGUGGUGGUGGUGGUGGGUGUUAAAAGCUUUUACUUUUCACCUACUUGUGAUGGCACAUUACUUCUAAAGUCAGCAAAAUAGCAUGUUGUAGUGGUACAAUUCAUUUUGGGAACACAAAGUUUGAUACCUUUAUGUAGGUUUGCAGCAUGUUGUCAUCAGAAUUUGUGAUAUUGACAAGAUGUGAAGCCAGGGUCUAUGGAUAGCGUCUGGAUUCUGGUUAGCCAUGAAAUAUAUCUUGAUUAAAAUGACACUGCUACAAAUGAAAUUAGUCAUUGCUUUUAAGGGGAUCUCUUUUAUCCCUAUGUGGGAAGAGAGACAUGAUUUUAGAAGGGUAGUGUUAAACUUUAAAUAUUGUUAACAUGCAGAAUGCAUGAGCUAGUAAGGCAUAGAGGCAACUUAAGUAUUCUAAGUCCUCAUUUCCCACACACAGACGCACACUUCAUUUCCCACCUUUGGGGGUUCCAAACUGCUACAUCACUAAACAUGUGCUACAAAGUCAACCUUGAACACCCUUCUCCCAUUUAUACUUUAUUACAAUCACCUGGGUUGAACAUGGAUUCCUUAGAGUCCAUCAGCAGAAUUGUGUACAUACUUCAAGAGAUAAUUUGUUGGCUCCACAGCUAAAGUAAAUUGUCUCCAAAAUAAUAAUUUCAAAGCUCCUCCUGGUGUUUCUUCCAUACUACCAACUGCACAGUAAAGGCCAGCACUGUGAUAUUUGAGCAGAAAUUCCUGUCACAUAUGCAAAUAGCUCUCUGUUCUGCAUUAGUGUAUCACUAAGCAAACCGACUAAAAAGUAAACCUUUUUUGUUUUUUCUUUGACUUAUGCUAUGCUACAGUGUCAAAAAGAAAACAAAUUACUGUUGUGAGUGAAGUAGACUGGGGUGCUUUCCAAGAGGUGGAUUACUCUCAGCUGGGAACUAUGUAAGGCAGCUUAAGUGACAUGGUGUGGGCACUACCAACUCUGUGCCACCACUUUUGUCUCUCAAAUCCUUCCAGAUGAGAUGUAGUAAUACAUUGCUUUAAAACAUAAUCCUGUUAAAAGGAGUAGUAAACUCCCCUUAUACCUUGUCGAUGACAAUGGGGCAUAAUACCUAAAUGUGCUGCGGAGGAGAUCUACCUAUCUUUCAUAGAUGUGUUGCUCACACUUCUUUUUACGCUGCCUUAUUACAUGGAGACUGUAUUUUUAGCUACCAUAGCUAAUGGUCAUUGCUAAACCUCCAUGAAUACGUCUUACCCUUUUUGAAAUAACAAUAAUAACAAUAUUUUUUUAAACUCUAAGUUCUGCAAGCAUUGUUGUCCUGUCCUGAGCCUACUGCCAGUUAAUUUUAUUUAGUGGCCCUACUACUUCUGUAACCUUAUAAGCUUUUUCCAUGUACACCCAACUAAACCAUAGCAUCCUCUUCAACCAUUGUUCAGUGUAAAGGUACUGUAAUUCAUUGAUCAUUUUAUAUGUUCCUUUUUAUGGUUCAUAGAACAAGAAUUGUACACAGUAUUCUUAAUGUGGCUGGACAGCACUCAUCUAAUGGCAUUAUGAUAUUAUCUGGCAUUUUAAUUGCUUUCCUAAUCAUUCCCCAAACUGAAUUUACUUCUUUCUCCACUGCAGCACAUUAAGUUGAUGUUUUCAGUGAACCUUUCAAAAUCUUUUCCUGGGUAGUAAAAAAAAUCAGCUUUCUUGAUGCGUAUGUAGAGCUUUUUUUUAUUGUUUUGCAUACUUUUGUCCUGCAUAUUUUUGUAAUUUCUUGAAAAAUUGUUAGAUGCCUCCAGUUAUAUCGAUGCUACCAGGCUGUCCCAAUGUUGUUUUCGAUCCCCAGAAUCUUUUGUGAGCGCUGCCAGUAAAGGGGUAUUGAUGACUGGUUAUAUAACUUGAUAGCCAUUGCUGGGUGAUCAAAGUUGCUUUCAAUGUAUUCAUGAGCCAAUCUGACACAUUUGGCUGCCCUUGUAUGACUUCUUGUGAUCUCUAGUGGCCAAUAGGAAUGGAGUUAUACUUAGAGAGAAAUGUUAUUUAUCCCCACAUUUAAGGGCUUGAGAUAUCAAAUACUUAAAUCUGAAUACAAAGGGCAUUCUGUUAAAAAGUGUGCCUAGUCCUCUACUUUGGGGCAUCCAGCUGGGCAAUUUCUAGCCACACCAUACUGAGUCCCAUAGUUCCUUUCACCAUUGUCAGCUGUAAGGAUUAAUCAGGAGCCAUCUUAGCUCAUGUGAGCAAGGGGGCACUUUCCCAGGAAGAGUGACAAAAUCUUUAUAUAUUGUAUUGGAGCAGCACCCAGCAGUCAGUUCCAUAGUGGUCUGAAAAUUGACAUCAGUCAAGUCAUCUGGAGAACUGAGCACAGUUGCAGCCCAUCAUAAUCAAGUGGGCUAAUGAAAAGCCCAAAUAGUAAAAAGUGCAUACAUCAUAGCUUCCCAGUAAUCCCUCCUGAAAUCCUCAGAUACCAAUAAAACCAAAAGUGAAGCCAAAAGACUGUCUUAAGCCAACAGGUGAUGGCCACUUUCUGGGUAAGCAUUCCCACUGAAUGAAAAGCCAUCUUUAAUCAGGCAAUUUCCUUAGAAUUGUCUAGGUCCUUAGAAUAGAUCUAGGUACCCCUUAUAUUUUGGAUAAGAACUUACGUUGCACUGCUUGCAAUACUGCAAUGUGUGAGUGGGCCCACAUGAGUGUUCCAUACAGCAGCCUUACAAAGCUCAAAAAAGUAGCUACUCCCGUUGCUCCUGCCAACCUAGCAGUUCGAAAGCAUGUCAAAGUGCAAGUAGAUAAAUAGGUACCGCUCCAGCGGGAAGGUAAACGGUGUUCUGGCGCUGCUCUGGUUCGCCAGAAGGGGCUUAGUCAUGCUGGCCACAUGACCCAGAAGCUGUACGCCAGCUCCCUCGGCCAAUAAUACUGGCCACAUGACCCGGAAGCUGUACGCUGGCUCCCUCAGCCAAUAAAGUGAGAUGAGCACCACAACCCCAGAGUCUGCCACGACUCGACCUAAUGGUCAGGGGUCCCUUUACCUUUACCUUUAAGCACAUACAAAUCAACUUAAAAACAGCAGCAGCAGCAUUUACAUAUAUAAAAUCAAUUUCAAAUCCAAUAGAGAUACCAGCUGGUAUUACAAUCUCCACUUAGAAGGUUUGUUGAAAAAGGAAAGUAUUCAGCAGGUGCUGAAAAGACAAUAGAGAUGACACUUGGAUAAAUUAUAUUUGGAAGGAGUCACAAAGGGUCGAUGUUGCGACUCUGAGGACCUGAUUCCAGCAUCAUGCACAAUGGUGGUAUCUGUUGAUUGCUGAGAGAGAUUGAUGUUGUGAGUGGUGUCUCUUCUUAGUAUAUGGGCAAGUUGAAAAUGUUAAAACAUUUGAAUCCUUUUGCAUUUCUGCUGGGAGGAAGGUUUCUGGAGUUAAUUUUAAGACUGAUUAUAUCAGAUAUGUUGUUCAGAGGUAAAAUAGCUUGAAGACUGCCUUGCUUUGGUUAACGUGGCCUGUUAAGUUAGUUAUUUACAUAGCAUGGUGGCUUAUGGUAGCUAGAGCAUGUCCAUAAAGCAGAGGUCAACAAGGUUCAUCUUGCCUGGGCCAGAUCAGUUCCGUGGAGAUCCCUUCGUGGGUUGGAUCGCGUGCGCGCAUGAGCGUGCACACCUGUGAUUUUCGGCAUCUGCGCAGACGCGAUUUCCAGCACCGCGGAAGUGAGUCCCCGCUCCGCUCUGCACUGAUAGCUCAAUUUGGGGUGGCUCGUGGGCCGGUCAAAUGACCUCUGCGGACCGCUUCAUACCCCUGUCAUAAAGGAAGCUCAGUCCUGACUUCAGCUUAUAGCCAGAAGCUCAGGAUAUGGGUACAACUGAGUAAGCUGAGUGAGUGUGCUUUGGAUCUGCAAAAUCUCAGUGUAAAAGUAUCUCCAUGUUGUCCCCAUUGAGUACCUUUAAUUAAUAUUUUCAAUUUAAUGUAAAGUUAUUCAAGUUGAUACCAAGAAAAUUAAACUGCAUGUUGGUGAAUGGUGAGACUAAAAGAUUUAAAGGGUAUAUUAAUUUGAGUCUUAAAGCAUCCUUUAUUCAAUUAUCUUACUACUAAGAAACUUGAACAUUUCAUUUCACCACCUUAGUGCUGCAUUUGUGAACUCAUUGAAUUAUUAUUUAUAUAACACCGUUGGUAUGCUUGGUACAUUCUGAUGAUUGAGAGGACAGAUCGAGAGGCAUUUACAAUUUAAAAUUUUGGCACAGUGGAAACAGGAAGAGAGGCAGGGCAAGCAAUAAAGCAGUAUGUAAGAGGAGAACCAGCAAGGGCAGCAUAGCAGAGACCUAUGGCUUAAAGAGAAUAAAGAGAGAGUGUGUGACCAACUGAUCAAAUGCAAGAGAGAUAAAGAAAAAUGAGGACUGAAGAUUUUGCUUUAAAGAGCAAAAGAACAAUUUCAGUGGCAUGCAAAGAGUGAAAACCAGAUUUGGGUGGGGGGGAGGUCAAGAGUAGACUUGGAAGGGAAGUCAAAAAGUUAAGAGUAAACAGGCAAGCACAUUCUAGAAGUUAUGGAGGCAAAGGAAAAAGGAAACUGGGGUGAUGUGGAGAGGAAAGAUGGACUAAGGAGUGCUUUUAUAAGGGAGAAUGAAUGCAGGAGGGAAAGAGCCACAGGACAAAGAGGAUGAUUAUGUGGACAAGAGGAAUGAUAAUGGUAAGGGAGAUAGCAACCAGGAAAUGGGAGGACAGAGGAUUAGUUAGCUGACUAUAGUCAAAAUAGUGGGUAGAGGGAAGAGUAGGAAGAUGGGCAACUGGUAGGGGGCAGGAAGGUGGAUUGGAAAGCUAGUUUGGUAUUGAAGCCUCAAGGAGGCAAAGUUUUGGUAAGAGAACAAGGAGUGGAUGGGUAAAUGAUGGGGUAGGCCUUGGCAGAACAUUAGAGGUAGAGAAGAGGCACUGUGUAUCAGAGGUGUCAUAGUGCUGCUUAGCCAGAUGCAUAGCAGACAGUAAAAGGCUGUGAUGCUUCUGUGAGCAAUGUUGAAUCUUGUUGCUAUGAUCUUCUUUCUUUUGCAGAUUGUAUUCCCCUUUCAUUUGGAUUGGAAUGAAGGAACCAACAAUGGGAUUGCACUCAAGAUAACACUCCUGGAAAGGGUAUCUAAUGGCUCUCAUCUUUUUUGGUGGUUUAUAUCUGCACUUUUGAUGGUUUUCAUAUCUGAAGGAUUUUCCUUUUGGAAAUAUUUCAAAUAAAAAAAAUUGUUCCUCCUUGGAAAUAACUUCUUCCUUGAACGCUAUACAUCAUGGGAGACAUGGCUAACAACUCGGUAGCAUACAGUGGUGUAAAAUACACUAUAAAAGAUUCCAAUCAUGGAGACUUUGGCAUUACACUUGAAGAGCUUCGUGAUCUUAUGGAAUUGCGUGCUGCAGAUGCUUUGCAUAAAAUACAAGAUUGCUAUGGAGAUGCACAUGGAAUCUGUACAAGAUUGAAAACUUCUCCAAAUGAAGGUAAGAAUUUCAAUUCAAAAAGUUACAAAAUUUGUGUUCAUUUAUAUGGGAAAUUUAUAUUGAAAAAUACUUAGGUCUGUAUAGAUGCAUUCAUUGUUUGCCUAAGAUGUUUUACUGGUCAGUGACUGAAAUUCCUGGCCUGGAUCUACUAUAUAUAUAUUUUUAAUUGUCUGUACAUUUAUACAGUGGGACACCACUUAAGAGAUAGUAACAAAAUUUGGGACAAUAGUUAUUGAGGUAGAAGAACAUAAUACAUUUGAUGUAAAAUUUGACAUUUUCAUUUUUGGUUAGUCUUUUUUGAUUGUACCAGGUUUUUAAUAAGAUGUUGAUUAAAGCCUGCUGUUAUCUUACACAUUAGUUUACAAGAAGUUUGUGAAGUUACAAAUGUUGGACAACUUAAGGUGUUGUACAUAAAAACUUUGUAGAAAUAUAUAUCACAACUUCCCUGAAUAUUUAAGGUUAACCUAGCACAAAUGCCUUGCAGCUUGCAGCUGUAACUUAAAUCAGCUGUACUUAAAAUCCACUCAGAAGUUACAUCUUAUGCUAUUUCAACAUUUAAGGGGAUGGUUGUUAGAACGGGUUGUUGAUAGGCGCUUCAAAUUAAAUCCUUUAAAUCUUGUGUGUCUGCGUGUUGGUAAAGGUAACAAAGUAAAAUGAGCUGUUAAUGCAGUCUUCCCCAGCCAGGUUGGGACUAAAACUCCCAUUAGCUAUGCUGACUGGAUCCAAUGAGAGUUGUAGUCUUAAACAUCCAGAGAGCACCAGGUUUGGGGAAGGGGUUUCCUUGGAGCAAGAGGCACAUGCACUGAAUUUGGGGAAAACAAUGUUGAUUUUUUUCAGUCUAGGGAACUUGUGUGUGUAGGCAAUGAAACCUUAGUUUGUGGUAUGUGUUUAAAUGUACUAUUUUAAACAUUUUCUUUCGAGGAAAAAAUAAGAUAAAGAUAUAAAUAAACCAUUCAAGAUAGUGAGAUGGCGCUUUUCUGCUAAACCUUUGUUGCCUGUGGGAAGGGUUUCACAACUACCCAACUUCUUAAUAAAGCAAUUAAUUUGUCCACUCCUAUCCCAGCCUUUCCAUAAUUAGCAGGAUUUGAAAUGACUUUAUAAUUGGCAAUUUAUGUUUGGGCAUUAAACAAGUUCUCAAUGGGUGAAGACACUCAAUGCCAUCAGGUUAAGCUCACUGUUCUUGUUUUUGAAAUUCCACCAGUCACUAGUUUCCAGACAAAAGGAGGAAACCUUUUAUGUGCAAUAUUUCACUUCCAGCAAUCCAAAUGUUUUUCUGUAAACACUUCUAGUUACAGUUGUGUUAAAUAUCAGUUGUGUGCCAUGCUGGAUAACAUUUUAACGUUCUUAAACUCAUUGUUCACAGACUGCCUUGUUUCCCCUCAAAAUUUGUGGAAUCUGAAACUCCCUAAAUGAAUUUUGUUUGGGGCUAGUAGUCUGUAUUACUUACUCAGAACAGCCAGAAAGACAAGACAAAUGCAAAAGUGUUAAAACAGAUACCUUGUAAAUCACGGAAUUAUGAAAAUGAGCAGGCAUAUCUAUGAGGUGUGCUUGUUGUUUUUCUUGGAGCAGAGUGCCUCCAGUGAGAUAUCUCUAAUGUUUGGUUGAAAAGAAUUUUGUCUUGAAAUGUACAGGCACCAAACUCUGUAAGGUAGUAUCUGUUUCCAGGUUCUAGCACCCUGCAAUGCUUAGGUAUCUUUUGCUAAACCCUUUUAUCUCUAUUGAAUGGACCGUUGCUUUUUAUGGUAUAGUAGCCUGAAGGAAGAGAAGUGUUUCCUUUUUCCUGCUGCUAAUAAUUCCUUCUUGAAUAAUUCCUUCCUGUAGCAGGAAAAAAUGUAGUGAUUGCUGUUCCAGCUUUUGUAUUUUUUUCCUUUUCUCAUUAAUCCUUGGAGCAGAAUUUUGAGACACAAUGUGAUGAAUAAAUAUUGCUCCAUUAAGUUUUAUAUGAAAGAGUAGGGCAGGAUAUCCCAGCUUGCAGGGAUUUCUACAUUAAAAAGUGGGGAGAAUCCUUUUUUUGUGUCUCUAAUAAUUCAUUAGAAAAUAAUAGAAUGGAACUUGUAAACUCAUUUCAAUAUGGAUAUAUAGUCUGGCCUGAAUUGUGUUAAAAAUAUCAUCCAUGUUGGAUAAGAAAUGAUUCUUGUGAGAGGGCUGUCAACUGAAGCUUUCAACUGAAGAGCUAUUUAAACACCCAAGAAGCUUUCAGUAGUCAUGGUGAAGGUUACCCAGUGAGUCUGCAACUUGCUUCUAUAUGUACUACACUCAUCUUGAAAUGUGGAUGAGUAUGAAGUCCGGUUGAAUAGUACAGAAAUACCACAGAUGGGAAGUGAUAAGAUGUGUAAGGGAGAAACCUGGACUUGUUCCAGCUAGUACUGAACUAAUGAAUUAGCAGAAAUGCAGAAUCUGGCUCACCGAAUGACUUGCUGAGUGAUCCUUUCCUACAUGAGAAGGAUUAGUUCAAAGGUGAACCAUGUAGAUCUAAUUGUUGAGGCCAGAUAUACAAUUUCCGCUAUCCUUAAAAUAAAAAUGUAUUUGAAGCCUAUGUGUUGGCCCUGCCUAUUAUUGCACUAUGGGCUUCUGUGUAAUAUGUAAUAAGGAAAAGACCCCUUAGAGAUGUACCGGUAGCUUUGCUUCCUCCUGAUGUUCAGCAUCUAGAUGGGUGUUGCCAUGUUGUGCAUUGUGGUUAUAAAAAGAAUUACUUUUGUAUUGGGAAAACAGAAAUAGACUUCUGCUUAACUCUCGUGUUUGUUGAACUCAAGUUUCUGAAGUGACUAGGAAUUUCAGCAUAUACUGGAAUGAUGUGCUCCAAAACAAAUGCUUGGCUUUCUUGGGAAUUGCUUUUUUUGGACUCUGCAGCACAUAUAUUUGUGGGGGAAACUCAAAUAAAACCACUAUUAGUCAAGCAACACUGUGGGUAGGAGAAAUCUGCAGCUAUCUUUUCCCCAUGUUAGAAACGUCUACAGUAGAGUUCCACUUGAUAUUGAUAUUGUAACUUCUAGAAAGCAUAGGACAUAAAGAGUCCUGUUAAAUUUACCAAGUACCAAAAAAAAAAAAACCCCACUGUGCAACAUAUACUUAAGGUGCUUGUAGAAUUACAUAGCAAAAAGGGAUUUGUUAAGUGAUGUAUAGAUAAUGAAAUUGCUCUAAAAUUGUAUUUUUCUUUUUAAUAUUUAGGCUUAAGUGGAAACCCAGCAGAUAUAGAAAGGAGAGCAGCUGUGUUUGGAAAGAACUUUAUACCUCCUAAAAAGCCAAAAACAUUUCUUCAGUUAGUAUGGGAAGCACUACAGGAUGUUACAUUAAUUAUAUUAGAAAUUGCAGCCAUAGUAUCAUUGGGCCUUUCUUUUUACCAACCACCAGGAGGGAAUGAAGCAUGUAAGUAAAGAGUUUGUUUCUUUAUACUUGUGUACCUCAAAAUGUAUUUCAGAGUUUGGGUAUUCUCUGCCAGUUUAUGUAUUGGUUAUGUUGUUGUUUAUACCCUUCUGUCUUGGGACACAAUGGAGGCAUGUGCCUUUGUGGGUGAAGUCAAACAUCGGAAAGUUAUAGCAGCUGCUGUGGCUGUAGAGACUGAUAUGGAGGAGACAUGUUUGGUUGCAGCUGGGGCAGAUGAAGGUGUCUAGUUGUGCUGUUGCAGAUGCAGCAUGGCGUUUCUUUUCUUUUCUUUUCUUUUUUGCACUCCUCCCAGCGGUCAUUCCUCCUCUGGUGUGGUUACAUGACCUGACUGUCUGUCUCCAGGCACUGCGGUCGUCUGCAAGAGAUUCCCACAUGGCAGGCUUGAUGUUGCCAGCCUUCAUGUCUCGUUUGCAGUAAUCUUUGUAUUGCAGAAUUGGUCUGCAUGAAGCCAUUAAGUUGUUUUAUUGCUUUAUAUAAUAAUUGCUUCAUAGUACAAUUGUAUGAUAAGCAAAUUCUGGUUCAAGUGCUGAGUAGAAUGACUUCUAGUCAGCACUUGAACCAAAUAUUUAAAGUUUUGUCACAAUGUAUUUGCUAAGAGAUUGUUGUAAUUUUGAGGUAUACUCUUUAAUAUCCCCAAAUAUAAGGUGUACUCAGAUUUCUUUCCUGGAGUGAACCUAAGCUAAUGCUCUCUCUUCCUUGCUCUCAUCAAGAAGGAGAAAUGUACAUACAGUGGUACCUUGGUUUAAGAACAGCAUAGUUUAUAAAUAACUUGGAUUAAGAAUGCUGCAAACCCGGAAGUAGGUGUUUUGGUUUGUGAACUUUGCCUUGGAAGCUGAACAUGUUCCACUUCCUGUUGAGUGUGUUUCAUUUAUAAAUUGAGUCCCCCGCUGCUAUGGGAAAGCACACCUUGGUUUAAGAAUGCUUUGGUUUAAGAACAGACUUCCGAAAUGGAUUAAGUUCAUAAACCAAGGUACCACUGUAGUUAAAUUGAAGCAUUGGAAUACAGGAACUUCUGGCUCUCACACUGAAUUAUCCCUUGAGAAAGGAACCAGAGCAAGAGAAGUGGGGGCAGGCUCACUCCUUACCAAUGAAAAGGGGAGGCUUUUUUACUUGUGGCACCAGUGUUGUAGAAUGCUCACCCUGCUGAAAUAAGAGAAGCCCCAUCAGUAUUGGUGUUCCAUCAGUUCCUAAAGGCAUAACACUGUAGGCAAACAUUCCCCUGAACAGAACUUCUAAUCGUAUUCUUUUAGCUAUAUUUUAACGGUUCAGUUGUUAUACUUUUUAAUGGGCUUGCUUGACUGCAUACUUUAAGAAUCUUUUCAUGCCCCAUUCAAGUUGUGUUGUGCAUUUUAAUUAUGUAUAAAAUUUAUAAUUGAUUUUAUAGUUGUAAACUGCUUAGGAGCUUUUGACACAGAAGCAGCAUAUAAAUAAGCACUACUUCCUGUUCUUCCAGUAAAAAGCAAAUGUUGGCAUAAAACGAAUCUGCUAAAUUGUGGGUCUUAACAGUUUAACAAUUGUACCAAGGCUGAUACAUUUUUCCCCAGUAUUUUCCACACUUUAACAUGAAAUCUUGAUGACAGGAUAAGUGUCUCCAAGCAUUCAGUGAAUGUGCACCAUGGACUCUGUUUAGAGAUUCAGGUUUCAGAAGUUGCAUGAUGACUACCAUGGCAAAGGCUGGUGCGCUAAAUAUGACUGAACUGGCAUGCUAGUAGUUCAGAUAAGUCACCUUGUCACUUGUCCUUUUAAAAAUUACCUGCUGCCCUUCUUAAAAUCAGUGCCUACACUUUUUUUCUCUUUAAUCUCUUUUGCCUUAGAUUAUGGCUUAGAAGGUCCGCUAAACUGAGCUUCCUGCAUGUCUCAAGCAUGUUGCAUUUCUGUACAUACCUUUAUUUUGUGUAUUGUUAGAUAUGGUUGCUUUUUUCCUGGGGUGGGGUGGAGUGGAAGUUGUGCCUAGCCAUGUAGCUCUAGAGAGUCCUCACAGCUAUUUACAAUAAAACAUAAGCACUCCAAUUAACUUGAUACAACCAUGCCCAAGCAUCAGAAAUCAUCCUAAAAUGCUUGCGUUGUAUAUUACAUAGCAGCAGCAAUAGCAGGCAAAAUGUGUUGCGGGGGGAGGGGUCUGGCAGUAUUGCUUUAAAGCCUACUCAUUGAAUAAAGGCCUUAUUUUGCCACAGAUCUGAAGGGUAGCAGUGGGAAAGGUUUUCACCCUAUUUCUAGAAGAAGAGACUAUGACUUCGGCACUGGGACAGCGUGCAGUAAUACUGUUGAAAAGAAACUACUGCUCAUACAUUACUCUGGUCUCAGAAUAUGUUUGGAAUUGGGUCCCUCCUGACAAUUUUUGGGUGUGGGGAGAAUCAUUUCCUUAGGUCAGUUGUGAGGAACUCAUAGCCCUCCAGAUAUCAUUGGACUCAUGCUCCUAUGAGCCCCAGCCACCAUGGCCAGUGAUCAGGGAUGAAUGUUGUUAUAGUCCCGCAACAUAUGGAGAGCUACAAGUUUUCUGCUGCUGCUUUGGGUAAUCUGGACCGAAGCUAUUUACAGCUUUAAAGGUUAAAAUUAGCACUUAAAAUUAUGAACUGAAAUAGGUUAGAAGUCACUGCAGUUGUGCCAUUAUAGGUGUGAAUGUGUUACCAAUGGCUAUGUAAUGCACUACUGCUUUUGGAACUAACUGAAGUUUCUGGAUGUUAUCUGAAUGCACCCAUAUGAUGGCCUAGUUUAGACAAUCAGAUCACUGAUUAAUAAAUCUGGAUGUGCACAACCAUCAUGUACUCAAAUGUAGCCCUUUUGCUUCCACUUCUUUCUUUGAUCAAGUGGAAAAACAAACCAGGCAGCUGCAGUUAACCAUGGCUUUCCAUUAUAUGUAAACCAAGAAUUAUGGUGGUUAGUGACCUCUGAAGAAGCCAGGAUUGGAUCACAUGAAUGGGCUAUAUGAGGUUCAUGCAUAUCCUGACUUUCUAAGCCAGGAUUUGAUUAAACGUGGUAACAGAGUCUACCCUCAUGGUUAUCAAAGCAUGUUUGAUGCAGCAGAUACUGUCUUCUUUGAGUGGGUGUAGUUGGCCUACAAACCUAAGAAGGUAUAAAGCAUUCUUGGCUAUGGUGACUAACUGAGAUUCUAGGAAUAGCAUCUCUUCAUGCCCAGUUCUUCAAGGAAAUUAAGUCCUCUCCAGAACUGCUGGUUCCUACAUCUGUAGGAGCUAUCGCCAACAAUAAAAUGAGUCUAGCCUAGAUUUCUUUAUCAUUUAUUAUUCCUUCAGUUCCUUUUAUCAUGCAUUCAGUUGUUAUCCAUAGGUACCAUUUAAAGAAUUUAUUACCUCGUGGAUCUACCAAAAAGGAGAAAUAGGAUGUAAUUACCCCCCCCCCCUUUUUCAUAUUACAGUAUCUCUCAGUUGUUUCAUGUAAAUUUUAAAAAGUAUGACAGAAGAUGGAACUUUGUAGAAUAUCAUACAGCAUACCUCGCUCCACAGCUGAUUCCUGCCUGAUAGGUAUUGAAGUCACUGUAAUAAAGUGUAACUUCUAAGCCAUGACUUCGCAGAUUGUCUAAGUCACACUUAGACAGAACAACAACAUAUGAAUUUAUCAAAGCAGAAGUUGUCUUAAAAUUAAGUAGCUCAGGCUUCAUGUAGGUUGAUUUAAAUAGUUUCUCUCCUCCCUCACAAUUAUAGUUCAAGUAUUGGAUACUUGCAUUGUUUUCUACUAUACUGCAGAAUACAGAGGAAAGUAUGGAAUUUGACCAAUAACAUGUUUAUUCGUUUUCUAACUAAAUUUUUAUUACAAAAAUUGAAAUUAAUGGACCUAACAAUCAUGCUCGUUAAUUUAAAUGGGUUUAUUCUGAGUAAAACUUAGUGAAUAUUACCCUAAAGUUUUUCCCCCCCAUAAACUAGAUUGUAUUUAUCAGCUGUGGUGAUUUGUUUCCUCCACCAACCACUAUGGCAAGUGAUCUGACUAAAUCAUGCAAUGUCAAGCAUAUCACUGUGCUCUUAAUGCCUCUCAGGAACAGUGUUCUAAAGGGGAGGAGAUGAGAGAAAUCUGUUUUAUUUAAUUGAUAAAACACUACCUAAUUUCUAGCUGUUCCCAAUUACGUAAUUUGAUUCUAAGGCUGCUUGUUUUUGAAAAAUUCAACUUGUAAAACACAAUGAACCUUAGUUUAACAAAGGCUUCUCAGACAGCUGAAAUGCAGCCUUUAGGGUUUAAUUGGAAAUUUGAACAAUCUUUCAAAUAAUUUUAUAAUUUAAACUUAAGAAUGCCAUCAACAAAAGGGGAGUGAAAUCCGGAUGGGGUAUUUCCACCCACUCACGCCACUGGACAAGAAGAUGCAAAUGAGCAGGAGUCAUCUGAUUGGGCCAGAGGACCUCUCCCCAGUUCACUUCCUGCUUAGCUGCACUGCAGGACAUCUGUUCCCCACCCUGUCUUUUUACUAAGCCAGGGUGGGGUAGCAACUGGAUUUUUACCCUUUCCUUUGCUUUUAUUUUACUAACCCAUAGUGUAAGUGAGCCUCACUUAGGCCAUUUCCAAAAGGAAACCAAGGAAAAAGCAUAGGCAUGGAAGAAAUGGGCCAGAUGAUAUCCCCAGCAAAUAAUCACAAACAAUAGUAAAACUGAAAUGUGUCACCACCUCAUUUGCAAGAGCAGGGAAGGCUAUCAUCAUAAUUAAACCUAGUGAAUGGAUUUGUCAAAACCUGUCCUAGCCUGAACAGGUGAUCCACAAGUAUACUGUGCUGAAUGGUUUCAAAAGCUGUGAGAUCCAGGACAAUCAAAAAUUUCUUCUCAGGUUAACCCAAACUCAUUUAUUUGCAACAUUCCUGUAUUGUCAAAUAAAAAAUUUCUUCAGGCAGUUCACACAAGUUAAAACCAUGAAGUUGGUGUUAAAAUAAUAAACAGUCAAAACAGCAACAUAAUAAAACCAGCAACAGAAAACAAAUAGUGCAACACGUUUCAGUAAUAAAACAAACACAAAAAGCCUGGGAAAAUGAAAGGUCAUUACAAGGUGUUGAAAAAGACCACAAUGUAGGUAAACUCCUGGGGGGUGGAAAGUUUUCCAUAAUGGGUACCACUACUGCAAAUGCUCUUUCCCUUGUGGCUUCCACUUCAGCUGAUUUGGCAGGGACAUAUAGAAGUGGGCCUUCAGGUAAUGAUCCUUCAGGUAAUUUGGCUCUAAGCCACUUGCGACUUUAAAUGUUAAUACAAGCACUUUGAAUUGAGCUCAGAAGCAGACGAGAGCAAACCCCACAGGAAGUUAUCAGAACAUGAAUGACUAUAGCAAGACUAUCUUUGUCCAGAUAAUAUCAUAACUGGUAUAUCAUUUUGAGCUGACAAAAAGGUUCUCUGAACUACCAAGGAUGCAUGUGCAUUAAGAGACAGUGCUGGAUCCAGGAACACCCUCCAGACUGUGCUUCUGUUCCUUUGGGGAGAGUGCAACCUCCUUCAAAACAGAUUGUGCACCACUCAGCUUGUUGGAUAGACCACCCACUAAUAAUACGUCUGUCUUGUCUAGAUUGAGUUUCAGUUUAUUGCCUCUUAUCCAGUUCAUUACCAUGCCCAAGCACUGAUUCGUAAUGUCCACUGCCUAACCUAGUUUUGAUAGAAAGGAGAGAAACAGCGAGAGGUCAUAUGUAUAUUGGAGACAUCCAAGGCCACGCCUACAAAUAACCUCAGCCAAAGAGUUCCAAACAGGCUCAAGACUGAAUUUUAGAACUGAAACAUGACUAGCAGUUCUCUUGUUCAGGCAUUCCCAUCAUUACCCUAUUCUUGGGCGGAAAGUAAUCUGAUCUGGAUGAUUUGUUUAAACUCUGAACCAGAUAUACAUGCACUGGAAAAAGAUAACAUAAUGAAUGUACUGCCCAUCAGUGUACCUUUUAUGUCAAACUAUUGCCAUUCUUCUCACAUCUAGAGUUCUGCAUGAAUCAUUUAAUAGAUAGUUGGAGAGUUUAAAAACAUACCCAUUCUCUCUCAUUUCUUUCUUCUUUGACAUCAGUUGAGUCAGUUCUUUGGGCUAAAUAGGACUACCCUUUGUCAAAACUUCAAAAUAGACUUAAUCCACGAAAAUGAGUAAUACUGACGUGACCUCCACUAGUGGGGUGUGUGUGUGUGUGUGUAUCAGACUUAUUCAUGGUGAAUAUUUUGCUCCAAAUCAUGAAAACUUAACCACCUCUCUAAUUUGUUGUAUACUGACAGUUACAUUCUUUUUAUCCUUGGCUUUAAUCUGUUAGAACCUAGAAUAUAUUAUUGGACAGAAUGGAUCAGACUCUUAUCUUGAAAUAAAUGGAAGAGAUUCAGGGGCGAUGUUCUUGGUUGAUCAAAUUUGCUUACAUAUUGAUCCAUAAAUUUCGUAGUACUCUUCCAAGAGUUGGUCCCCAUCAUGCUACCUUUUUAUAAGCCCAUAGCUGCUAAAAAGUGAAUAUGGGAAUCUGUUACAUGCAACGGAAAAGGUAGAAACUUUAAAUCCUAUGAUCACAAGAAAAGAAAUUUAAGUAUUGCUGUAAGCUCUGCUACCAGAACUUUUAGUUAUGGACUAGACUAGUGGGCAAAGGUGAAAGGCAGGGAAGCUCUAUGCAAUGUGAAAACCCCUCUGUUUUUCCCAGCCCACUUCUGCUUUAAUUGUUGAAAGCUCCAAGCUCAGCAUGAGAAGAAGGGGGAGGUUUAAGGAUAUUUCUCCAGAAACACCCACACACCCUGCGUGGGCAUAGAUACCUUGGCUGUGUACAUACCAGAGUCCUAAUGCACAUGUGUGUCACACAGAUCUGAUUGUUCCGUGUGUGCUUUUGCUCACAUUCAUCUACACAUGAGCAUUCAUUUGAACUCUUUUAAGUAUUUUAUUGUCUACGCCAGUGGUUCCCAAUUAACUAUGCUCUGCAGACCCCCUGUUUUUGAAUAGCCAAGCCAUGGACACCCUACUUUUGAAAAUGUUAUGGUAGUUUUUGUUACGUAAAUGGUGCUGUGGACCCCUUGGUGUCCGCAGACCACCAGUUAGGAGCUACGGGUAUGCACUAGUGUGGUGUGCUUGAUAGGAUGUAUUCUCACUGUGAGUUGUUGUCCCCUCCCCUCAAUUAGUACUUCCUUACUUGUCCCAGAGUUCCAGAAACCUGAGAUCCAUUGUGGGUAUGUGCACAGGUAAUUGUUUACCUGUGCCUUGAGUAAUUUUAUUUUUAUUAUUGAGAUGCAAGUUUUCCCAUGUACUAAACUUGAACAAGCUGUGAGUUGAAAAGAAUGUCUGUUGUACCACAGUGGAAACACCAAAUUAUAUUGGGGGGAAUGUGGACUGCCACUUGGAUGACGACUGAAUAAUGUGGAUGACAUGAAAAGUAUGCUCAUGUGGAAUGCAUUGAAUGCACUUUAAACUGCUGUGUAUAUAUAACCCUUGUGGACUGAUACAUUUAAUCUGAAUAAUCCUAUAGCACUUGUAAUAUAGUGGUAGGAUACCACUGUCAUGGUAGCCUAAUUGCAGCCACAUAAUAUGAACAUUAACCAUAUUUUUUAAACUCAAGCUUUGUUGUAACCUUAGGAAAGCUGUCAAAGCUAGUGUGCAUUUGAUAUGGGGCCUAAGUCAGUAUUAUUGGGUUUCUUGUGUAAUAAAGUUUGGAUGAUAAAUUUCAGUUUUCAGAUUAAUGCAGAACAAUAUUAAAAUUUGAGUAUGUGAUGCUGAUUAUUUGUUUACUUUUUCCAGUAUGUGGAACAGUAGCAGCUGGUGAAGAGGAGGAUGAAAGUGAAACAGGGUGGAUCGAAGGAGCUGCAAUUCUCCUGUCUGUCGUUUGUGUGGUAUUAGUCACAGCUUUCAAUGACUGGAGUAAAGAGAAACAAUUUAGGGGAUUGCAAAGCCGCAUUGAACAAGAGCAGAAGUUUACUGUCAUCAGGGGUGGCCAAGUCAUCCAGAUACCUAUAGCUGACAUAGUUGUUGGUGAUAUUGCACAAGUAAAAUAUGGUAAAUAUACUUAUUUAUGAUGUCAUCUCUGGUAACUUCUUAUUGAAUGUAUUUUAAAAGUACCAUUUGGGCUCUUUCUUUUUUAGGUGACCUUUUACCAGCAGAUGGUGUACUUAUACAAGGAAAUGACCUCAAAAUUGAUGAAAGCUCACUGACUGGAGAAUCUGAUCAUGUUAAGAAAACAUCUGAUCGAGAUCCUAUGUUGCUCUCAGGUGAGUGAUCAAAUGAUAGCGAAGAACUGGGCAUGAGGUAUUUUGGAAACUGGACAAAGUUUCCUACUUCAAGAACUAGGUUAUGUGAAACACUGUCUUUCUAGGUGACAGCAUGCUAAGAUCUAGUACUCUUAUGUAUUAUGUAUCAUGCUUUUAACCUUCUCAGGGCCGGAAAGAUGGGUCUUAACAACAGGUAGGAUUUCAGACAUACAAGCAUCGUUUAAUGUGAUUACUUUAAGCUAGUGUGCAUCGCUGAAAUGUCUCAACUUUCCAUAUUUAUUAAACACUGUUCAUAGGGUAGUUUUAUUAGACUCUAGUAAUAUGGAUGCGGUGACCCCCUGAAUUAAGUCAGCAUGCCCUCAUUUAGCUCCUCAUCAAUGAAAUAAAAGAUGAAAUUAUUCAAAGCCUGAAGUGAGUUAUAUGGUUAAGACUGCAGAAGUACUGCAGAGCCUUCCAGUUGACAGAAUUCAGUUGUGCAAAUAGGCAGCUAUUGUUUUCCACUAUACCCCAGAGACUCUGCAGAUUUAAACCUUAUUGCCAGUCUCGAAUUAACUGGUUCACUAUCUUAUAUAGUAUAGCCAUGAACAAUAACAAACUGAACGGUCUCCUGAGCAUGUUGAUAUUUCUCUGUGGCCCUGUUUGGCUAUAUAUCUGUCAGCACUCACUGCCUGAGUUUGCUGUUGGUGAUACUUACAGCUGCUCAGUUCAGUGCACUUGAGGUAGAUAGGCAUUAUCUUUGCAAGACAGUAUAUUUACAAAUCAUUUGAAAAAUAAUGGAUUUUAUUAGAAUGCUACCCUUAACUAGCCUAAUGGGGCUUGUCAGAGUGUGUAUCAUGGCCUAAGAUUUAAAGUAUUUCAGUAGAAACUCAGAUGUGCUCCAGAUAAACAGGACUGGUUGCAAAAGUGAGAUAUAUUAGCAGCUUAUGGGAAUACUGAAAUGUGGUCUUUUCUUUGGAAUUUGUUUUUUUCUUUUGGAAACUUUCUUCCCUAAUCAACUUGAUAUCAUGCAACUCAUUAUUAUAAUACAUGAGUGUGUUAAUAGUAAGAAUGUUAUGUUCUGUCUAAUGCUACACUGCAGUUUUGUAUAACUGUAAUAAAAUGUCUUAUAAAAAGCAAUUCUAGUGUAAAGGACUUUAGUGGAGAGCCCAACUUAAAUUCCUCCAGGGGCCACUUUCGUUUAUUAACCCAGCACGACUGCAUGGCAGCUGCAUUAACUACUGAAAAGCAUUUUUUUGCUACAGUUGUAACUGUGUUCAGUGCAUUCUGCUAAUCCCUUCUUGGCUUUGCUCCCAUAGUACUGUUUCUUCUUUCUCUGACCUCUGUUAAACAUCCCUCCUUCUCUGUGUGCCCCAUAGCACAUGCUGUGUCUUCACCACUACAAGUGUGCAGCCCAUCUGUUUCCCCACUUGCAAGUGUCUGCAUAACAUGUUACCAACUCAUUUUUCUCCUUUCUGUACCUCUGCAGUUCAGAACCCAUCUGUUCAUUCCUUUUCUUUCAGCAUUUGCUCCAUUUCUUCCAUUUCAUCUCACCCCUUAUGUCUGAUCUAUUGUGAUUGUGCAACAGUGCACAAUACUUUCACUCCCCUCAGCAUAUGAAUUGCUGGGAAAUCUGGAACAGGUGGACAAGGCAGCCUGGCUUGCUGGCUAGAUCACUAGAAGAAAACUCUGAAUCCAGGAAGGGAGGAAUAAUACAGGCAUAAUAUGGCAGAUUUACUCCCAUUUUACUUCCAGCUUAUUGGCUAUUUCUACAAAUGUGGAGAAAUGUGUUUAUACAAUGGAUUUUAUUUUAUUUUGAGAGAGAGUUAUCCUUUCAGAAGGUACAUCUCCAAGAAUCUCAAACAUUCCUUUCAGCUGCCCCAUCUCACAUUUAAUACCCCCCCCCCCAAAAAAAAAACCCAUAGGGAAUGGGAAAGUAGUUAAAGGAGAAAUUGGUAGACAGGUGCAAUGGCAGCUCUCAUCUUUUCCUGCACCUUAUCCAAAGCAGUUUUGGGCUACUUAAGGGUGCCCCACUAUAGUGCUGGCAAGGAAGGAUCAAGUGCAUGUGCCUUUAGUUCUUGGCCACAUUCUUAAAAUAUUGUGGUCAGAAACCAGAAAUGGCUGCACUAAGUUUUCAUUCCGAAAUGUGUGUUUAGUGGUUCUCCUGCAAGAAGUACAGUACAGCACUAUAUUUUACAUCAAGUGUGGAGAACCUUUGGCCCUACAGAUGUAGCUGAAAUAAUAAUAAUAAUAAUAAUAAUAAUAAUAAUAAUAAUAAUUUCAUUUCUAUAGCACUUUGUAUUUUUAAGAAAAAACUCUUAAAGAUACUUACAGCACAAUAAAAUAUUAAACAAAACAAUCUAGAAUAAAACAUAAGCAACACAUUAUCAGGAAACUAACAUCAUAGAUUUGUAGAGUUGGAAGGGAUCCUGAGGAUGAUCUUGUCCAACCCCCUGUGAUGCAGGAAUAUUCAGCUGUCCCAAAUAUGCAUGAGUUUUAGUGUUGCACAUCACAUUGUUUGUAACUUUGUUGUUCAGUAGAUUGUGCAACAGCAUUCUGUUGGUGCAAAGCAUUUCACCAGUGGAGUUAAAGUCACUUUAACUUAGUGUUACAUUGGAUGCAUCCCAUUGGAUGUAUGUGUGCAUGUGAACUUGGUAGGCAUGCAUCUUAUAUAAGCACAAAUGUAGCCCACAUGUGGAUUGCACAAAUCCUGCUCACCUGCCAGCUUGUUUUUCUGCAGCCUGCCCCCCAUGUGACUUUCCUUCAGCUAGAUUUGUAUAGGAGGAGCUUGGCUGGGGGAGAAAUAGUUGCAGGGGGAUUUCAGCAUGUAAAGGGUAACUGUUCUGGGUUUACUUGUGCACUCCUUUAUUGCUAAAAUUGCACACACACCCAUUCCUGAAAGAUUGUUAGGCUAAAAUGGGAGUAAUCCUAUGUAUGCUGUCCUGAGAAUGUAGUUGAAAGGUGGCUAUGAAAGGGGGAUAUAACUGCAAUAGUGCCAGUUUUUAGGCAUUUAUCAGUGAUCUUGCACAUCAGCUGUAUAUUGGUUAGCCAGUAGCUGGCUGUUGGUAGGCACAAAAUUUUCUAAUGGCUGUAGUCUUACUUAAUGGUUUUUAUUGGCUUAGCGUUUCUUGGGUAUUAUAAAACCCUUUACUUCUUUAUAUUUUCUGAAUAUCCUUUAUUGAUCAAAGGUGUGUUUCUGCUAUAGGAAAUUAAUGGAAGUAUUGUAACAAGUUUCUCGCUAACUUGUAGCAGAUGUCUGUCUGGAACUUUUCAUGAAUAUGAAUACUUUCACAUUUCAGGUACUCAUGUAAUGGAAGGUUCUGGACGAAUGGUAGUUACUGCUGUAGGUGUAAACUCACAAACUGGAAUUAUCUUUACCUUGCUUGGUGCUGGAGGUGACGACGAAGAAGAAAAGAAAGAAAAAGAGAAAAAGGACAAGAAAAGUAAGCAUGAACUUUUGGAUGGACUUUAGAGAUAUAUUUUGUAGUUGGCUUCUCUUCUGUAAGAAUGUCUGCAAGUGGUGUUGACCAUGCAGAAUGACAAUGUAGGCAGGUACAAAAUAACUACAUAGAACUCCUGCUUCCACUCAUUCCAUUGUCCAAGCGGGUAAGUUUGAAAAUUAAAUAGUCAAUUUUGUCUCUGAAGUCUUUCAAGUUAACAUUCCCAACUUGCUUCAGCUGACACUUCAUUACUCACUUAAUACAAUCACUCAAGUGCUCUUAACAGUAUCACAAAAAUAGGAUGUGUUAAGUGAGGCCUGUCUGAUAUUAGUAAACUCCAUAGAUUAUAGAGUGUUCCCUCUUUUAUACUAAAGGAAAAGACAUGAAUGGUUUUUUUUAUAUAUUUGAAGAAAGGCCAUAUCAUUUGUUGUGUCCCUUUUGAAGUUAACCCUCUCCUCUAGCCCCUGAGUUUUUUUUUUUUUAUUUUGUAAUACCUAUACAGGUGUAGGUAUAAUACCACAGCUGCCAUGGAGGACAAUAUUCAGAUAUUGUUUAAAAUUACACUGCUUCACCUGGAAACUGAUAUUCACCUCUUUGGUUUGUAUUGCACCUCAUAGAUGACCUGGCUCUAGCUCAGAAAAAAUUUUUUUUUUAGUGUGAACCUAAUCAACACUGAGAAAUCUCUCCACAUUUACUUGAAUUAAUGUCAAACUCACCUUUACUAAUCUUGAUAUGUCAGGACUUGCAUUAAUAGCAAUACUAUAAUGCGAGGCGGUUUAGGGCUGUAUACACUCCAUGCUUGUACUGGGUAAACCAGUAAAAGGAGUAGCAGAAGCAUUUCUUCUCAUUUCAUUUGAACUAUAGCUAUAAAAGAAUCUGAUUUGUUAUAAUCAUCCCCCACUUCCCCUGUUUAUCAUGAAUAGAAUAAAAACUCCUUGAGGUUGGGGGUAGAGGAAGAUUUCAACUUUUGAGCUUAUAACUACAGUGGUACCUUGGUUCUCAAACUUAAUCGGUUCUGGAAGUCUGUUCCAAAACCAAAGCAUUCCAAAACCAAGGUGCACUUUUCCAUAGAAAGUAAUGCAAAAUGGAUUAAUCCAUUCCGACUUUUAAAAACAACCCCUAAAACAGAAAUUUAACAUGAAUGUUACUAACAAGACCACUGAGCCAUAAAAUGAAAGCAAUAAUAAUGUUCUGUACAUACAAUACAAUAAAUACAAUACAAUACAUACAAUAAAUAAGACAGUAUUGUAGAUGAUAAAAAUUAAUUUUUUUUCCCUACCUGCACUGAUGAUAGUCAUUGUUUGGAUGGGGGGCUUUUAUCCAUUUCCGCAGUCACACAAUCAAUCAUAAAACGAAAAACAAGCCGCAGUCACAAAAAUGAAAAAGCCACACAAACAAAAAUAAAAAAUAGCAGAAACAAAAGCACCAAAUAUCACCUCAGAACACUGCAAUCAGAAACGGAAGGCUUUAAUUACAAUGGGGGGGGGGGGAGGACUUAAAUUAGUUGCGCAAGGGUAAAAUGGGAUAAAAAAUGCCUUUAUUAUGAUGGGGGGGCUUAAAUUUGCCGCACAAGGGUAAAACGGGAUGAAAAAUGCCUUUAUUACGAUGGGGGGGACUUAAAUUUGCCAUGCAAAGGUAAAACAGGAUGAAAAAAUCCUUAAUUACUAUGUGGGGGACUCAAAUGAGCUGCACAACAGUGAAAACGGAAGCUUAGGAGCACGUUCAGCUUCCGAGGCAAAGUUUGAAAACCGGAACACCUACUUCUGGGUUUGUAGCGUUCGGGUUCUGAGUUGUUCGGGAACUAAGCUGUUCGAAAACCGAGGUACCACUGUACAUAUGUAUUGUAAGCUUACAUAUGAAACUAAUCACCUUCCAGCUCCUGUCACAAUGUUCAGAGGCAUAAAGUUCCCCUAAAGCAUGGCACCUCUGAACAGUUGAACACUGUUACAUGUAAAGAAUUGCAGGCUUAUUCUAAGUGAAAUUAAACCUGAACAUUCCAACUGUCUUCUGAAACACAUUGGGAUCUGCACCUUGGUAUCAAGCAAGACAUUAUUCUAAACGUGUCAUUAGCAAUUAUGUCAAGUUUUUAAUAUUUAAUACUAGGCACAGGGAGAGCUGAACUUCAUGGGGAACGUUGCAGGAGAUUUAACCCUUUCUUUCACAGCCACAGUUGAAAUGAAAAUUGCCCCCUGCCACCAGUAGUGUCAAUGGGAGCUUUUUUUCCUAAGGUGAAUGGGGUGUGAGGAAGGAUCUUUAUUGAUAUAAUGACUGGGGAGGGAAGGGUUAAGCCACAGUUCCCUGCAUGCUGUGAUCCUGAUGGCUAUCAGCCCCUUUCCCAACCCUGGCAUUUAAAAGAACCUGAUUUAGUUGCUAAUACAUUUAGUAUGGCUUUAGAUUGGUAUGCAUCCCUGAAGUCCAGAAAACUGCUCAAUUACUGUGAAAGAGCCUGGUCCAGCACAGCAAUAAACGCUUACGCAGACUUCGCAAUUAUAAGAGAAAUUAUAAACAGUCUCCUCUUCAUGCUGUUGGUGCAGCAGUGCCCUUUAAGACUAGAUAAUUGAGCAGAAGAUCUCAUUAUCCUAAUCUAAAAGUGCUUUGAUCCUAGAUUUCUAAAAACAACUAUUUUUUUAUUGGCAGGUAAAAAACAAGAUGGGGCUAUUGAAAAUCGUAACAAAGGUAAUUAACAGUACUUACAACAUUAACUUGAUUUUUUGAGCAAGCCGGAUUAACCAUAACUUUUAGGCAAAAGUUGUGCAUCACAUUUUAAAACUAUACAUAGCUUAAUCUUGCAUCUAAUAUAUGUAACUAUCCCUCACAAUCUUAUGCUAGGAUAUAUGGAACUGAUGGAUUCAGCAAAUGCACCCUGUCAGUGGAAGCGCUGUGUAGGGACUUCCACUUGCACAAUGGAACCUUCUCCCCUUUCUGCUGUCUGUAUCCAAAAAAAAUGGCUGGGGGGGGUGGCUCAGGAGAACCCUUAGAACAGCAUGUGAGGGGAAGGGAGGAACAAUUGUUCCUUAUGGCAAGCUGCUUGUUAAAGCACAACAUUGAAUUCCUCCCAUAUUCUUAAAUAUGUUUAAGAGAUUGAAAAGGGACCACAGGCUCAUGUGCUCCUUCUCCCAACACAGAGCUUAAACUGCAGUUAAGAAUUCGAUCAGUGCCAAUAUUCACCAAAGUUAAAGCUAAGCUGGACUUUUGCUUAAUACGGAGUUCUAGCUGGGGUUCCAAGUGGCUCACUCUCAGAUGCGGCGGAGUGAGGAUGUAAUUCUGUGGCCUCCUCUCAAUCUGACAAUGGUUUUAUAGCAAGUCCAAGCCAGUUGAUAGUCUGAAAAGUCAGUAUUCUAUUGCCGUGUUCUGUGAGGGUAUAGUACUGUUCUUAUAAAUGCAGGAUUGUGUCUGAAAAUGGCAGCCCACUGUCACUUUCCCUUAGUGUACUUUCCCCGUCUCUGCUUGUGAUGUCCAGUGAGUGAACAUUUCAGCAACAGACCCAUGUUUAAUAUCACAAGGCAUUGUGCUGUAAUAAAUCUAUUUCUCAAAGCAAUUUCUUUCAUUCUCUGUGGCCUGAGAUGCAAAUAACUGUAUCCAGUUCUUUGUUUGCCAUGGACCCCUCUCUCAUGCACCCCAACCCUGUGGAGUACUCAGGUAAGAAGGGCAAUGAGUAGUGCCCUUCGUCAUUGUGUUGGACAUGUGCAGAAUGCUGUUUGUCUUUGUCUCAGCAGGAAUAAAGAGAACUCCACUAAACACCCCUUGAGUUCUCUGAACUGGAGAAAAACUUGGGGGAAAGGAUGCAUGUAUGCCUUCCCCCUGCAUUUGACAUGUGCCUAAAGCUAAGCAAACACCAUUCCUUUUCCUAGAGUUUUCUGUAGUUUGCAGAAUUUGGGUAACAGGAUUUUUGUUGGAGGCAUGCAAAACAGGCAAACAUGGAGUAGGGAGUCACUUGGUCACAUAAGCCAGUCUUGCUAUCUAUUCUUCACCCCUUUAAUUUCAGAAUAUUAAAUACAUGCUGCUCUAGAUAUAGAAUAAAUGUCAAUGACUAAAUCUUUAAUUUGAGGCUUACUCUAUAGUGUUAGGAGUGGUGGUUUAUCUAUUAUUUCCCCCCUUAAACUUAGCAAAAGCUCAGGAUGGUGCAGCGAUGGAAAUGCAGCCCCUAAAAAGUGAAGAUGGUGGUGAUGGAGAUGACAAAAAAAGAAACAAUAUGCCCAAGAAAGAAAAAUCAGUUCUUCAAGGAAAGCUCACUAAGCUAGCAGUUCAGAUUGGCAAAGCAGGUAUGGCUUAUUUAGUGUUCAUCCUUAAUGCCAGAUUCUUAAUGAACAAGCAUUCAACUGUAGAUCUUUUCUCAAACUUAACUUUGUAUUAAAAUUUUGAAAUGAGUUUUUGAGACCUAUUUUUAGAGUUUUGUCAAUAAUAUGAAUGAUUAACUGGUUCUCAUCUCUUCCUAAAAGGAUUGCUGAUGUCUGCAGUCACAGUCAUCAUUCUUGUAUUAUAUUUUGUAAUUGAUACCUUCUGGGUCCAGAAACGUCCUUGGCUUGCUGAAUGUACACCAAUAUAUAUUCAGUACUUUGUAAAGUUCUUUAUCAUUGGUGUUACUGUCCUGGUUGUGGCAGUUCCAGAGGGUCUUCCACUUGCAGUUACUAUCUCACUGGCUUACUCUGUAAAGGUAUGUGUGAGAAACCUAUGCUUUUGUAUGGUAGUACAUUAUAUAGUAUAGAUAUAUGUUCAUAGAUGUUUUUCCUAAGAAACUGGAUCAAUGAACUGUUUUUGAAUGGUUUAUCUGCUUGUUCUGUUGGUUUGUUCUGCAUCAACCUAUCUUUACAAACACUGUGGUCAUAAAGUAAUCACUCAGCAUUAAAUGUAACUCUUCCAAACACAAGGAAUAUGCUUGUUAAAAUAACCCUUACAGUCGGUGCAUCUGUCAAUUGAUUUUAUCUUUACCCUCUGGGUACUAAUUAUAAAGCUUAAAUAUGGGAUAUCCAUUGAAUAUUUAUUAUUGAGGAAUCUCAACCUCAGCAUGCACAAUGACAAGUGAAUUCUAAAAAUGUGUUUAAUGCUGUUAGACUGACUUAAUCUCUUUUUUAUAGAAAAUGAUGAAAGAUAAUAACUUGGUCAGACAUCUGGAUGCUUGUGAAACAAUGGGAAAUGCAACAGCCAUUUGCUCAGAUAAAACAGGAACAUUGACAAUGAACAGAAUGACGGUAGUCCAAGCUUACAUCAGUGAAAAACAUUAUAAAAAAAUUCCUGAGGCACAAGCUAUUCCUGAGAAAACCUUGUCAUACCUUGUAACAGGAAUCUCUGUAAACUCUGCUUAUACUUCCAAAAUCUUGGUAAGUGUGUAUUGGAAACUAUUGAUUCAGUGGUAGAGUUAAAGCAUCUCCCAUUGAAACAAUAGGUCUCAUAACUUUUGAAGGAUUGUUCUCAUUUAAAUUCUUCAGAGUUCUAUAAUAAACAUGUUUACUAAAGUCAUAUAUGUCAUAUAUGUACAUUACUGAAAGAUUACUAAGCUGAUGGGAAAGCUUUGAUCCUUCUGAAUAACUAUUGGGAAUAUACCAUAUUUUUCCGUGUAUAAGUGUAUAAGACUAGGGUUUUUUACCUAAAAAUUAGGUUUAAAAUUGGGGCUCGUCUUAUAUACGGGUAGUGCUGAGGGGUGUUUUCUUAAUUUGGAGUCCCCAAAAAUAGGAGGCGUCUUAUACAUGGGGAAGUCUUAUACACGGAAAAAUACGGUAAUUAAAAUGAAUGUUAAUAUGAUAUUUGAGCUUCCUUGGCUAAAUAAUUUUUUGGCAUUUGGUUUUUGAAAUGCCAAAUGGCUCUACAUUGCUCUUCUCAGCUCUAAUGCAUUUUGAGUUGAAAUGUAUUUCCUGGGAUAUAGCAAUAACAAUAAAAGCAUAAUAAUAAUAAUUUAAAAGUUUGUCUAUUUUCUGGAUAAAAUAGCAUCAAUUAAUUCUGAAACUGAUAAUUUUAUGCCUCAGCUUACUUAAUUCAUGGCUUAAUUAGUUCAAAUUUCUCAAGUACUAAUGUAUAUGAUCUACUGAAGCUGUUCUGGAGUCACAAAGUUUCACUUGUCAUUUUAGCUUUCUUGUCCUUUCAGUAUUUUAUCUGUUGCUCUGAUUGGGAAGAGCAGUGAAAUAUGCAAGAAUUGCCUUAGCAGACUCACCAAGCCAAACACCAACCAUUCUCUGUGUGGCCUGACAGUGCUCAACACCCCCUGUUUUUGCAGUCUCAGGUAGGCAGCAAAAACAAGUUUAUUGAGCAGCUUACAGAGCAUGGUUAGUGAAUUGAGUUUGGCUUUAUGUGUUGUAUUAUGCAGGCCCACAUACCUGCAAACUAGCAGUUGUACUGAUUUAAGGACAUGUUUACAAAUGACACUAUCCUUUAUUUUUGUUUGGCCUUGGUAAAAGGGCCAUUCCAUGCUGAACGCCAAACUACAAAUGUGUCUCUGUGUCUUGCCUGGUAUUGAAAUGUGCACCUGACCUUUCUCAUUGCACCAUUAUCCUGCCAGUCUGUAAGAACUGACCCUCAGUUACUCGUUGAGUCUAAUUUAACAGCUUUCUAAGAACUAAUAUGACUCCUGAAAUUGUCUCUGACUUGUAGUGCUUGUGCUCUGACUUGAGAAGACAAAUUAGUAAUAUAAAUUUUUCUAUUGGUUGCACUUUAUGAACAUUAAACUGCCCCUAAGCAGUGACAUAUUCUUUAAAGAGGUGUGUAAGCUAAAAUUUGCAUCCAGUUUCAGCAUAUAACUUGCAAACCUUCAGCGUAUGAUUUCUGAGAUGCUGAAUUCUAAGCUGCUGCCUAUUCCUUAUUUCCUUGAACCAGAAGCAAAUUCCUUCUCAAGGGUUUAUUCUGUCUUUCAGCCUCCUGAAAAGGAAGGUGGCUUGCCCCGCCAUGUUGGUAACAAAACUGAAUGUGCCUUGCUGGGACUGCUGCUGGAUUUGAAACGAGACUACCAGGAUGUUAGAAACGAAAUACCAGAAGAGGCACUUUACAAAGUCUACACCUUCAACUCUGUUAGAAAGUCCAUGAGUACUGUGUUAAAGAACUCUGAUGGCAGUUUCCGGAUAUUCAGCAAGGGUGCCUCGGAGAUAGUACUUAAAAAGCAAGUUAACUUUUUGUGGUCUCUUAUCAUGUAACGGUGUGAUGAAAUGCCUGAAAUGGUACCUUCUGUUCCUUGGCUUUUCAGCACUGUAUUUCUUCAUUGUCCAAGUCGGGAGUUCUUAGAACUAGCUAAUUUAGAAACCUUUCCUAUAAGAUGUUGGUAUAGAGCUUGCAACACAGCUGAAUGCUUCAUUGACCCAAACUUAAGCUAGUUACUUUCCAAGUCUUUGGUGAAUACAAAGUUGCAUUUUACUUUCAUUAGUCAUGUGAUGCAAUUACUACUUUUUGCUAGAGAUUAGAUAUAUAAUCUUGUUGCUUAAUCAUAGAAACAGUGAAGUAUUUCCUGCUCGUCUUCCCUUUAAGAUGAUAGUUUUCAUUAUCUGCCUACUGAAUGAAAUGCAUUCUUUUCUUACUUUUUAAUUGCAAAGUUUGGUGGUCAGUGAGGGCAAACUUGUUCACAUGGACUGGGUGAAAAGGGAGCUAGAAACAGUCAUUUUGCUUUUGCAGUUCAGGCUAUUGUGUACUUUAUCUUACAGGUCACACUGAACUGAUUGCGGAAGAUAAGGGGGGGUCUGUAGGAAAACAUGACAAUUCAGUUCGUGAACAGUUCCCUCUUUUGUGAAGACUUGUAGAGUUGGCUUGUAGCCUUGACAUUCUUGUGAAUAUAUGAAUAUGCAUUUUAUGAUCUGCUAAGCACUUACCCUAUAUAUAAAAUAUGACAAUGCCAGGACUACAGCACCUCUUACUGGAACGGAUCUUGCUACUCUUCUGAGCCUUGUCCUAAUGUUUUUAACAUCUGAGUGAAAACCUUUCCCAUUUUGGGUGCAUUUGACUUACCUUUGUUACUGCUGGGCUGUGAGAUGCUGGCAAAGGGGAGCAGGAUAAACUCCUGGGAGAUACUCCUAGAACAUGGUAGGAAUGCCGUACUGUGAAUCCCUCCCCCUCCCCCACUUUUGUGCCUUCGCUAGCCUUUACCUUCCCUAUCGCCACCACCAAGCAUUGGCAUAAAAAUGUUCACAUACUGGGAGGUGGGAUGACAAGGCAACCAAGUUCUUCAUGAAAUCUGUGCUGGGAUGCAUGUGUAUCUAGCUGCUGCAAGUUUUAGGAAUAUUUAAUGUUAGCCCCAGAAAGUACCGUAUUUUUCGCUCUAUAACACGCACCUGACCAUAACACGCACAUAGUUUUUAGAGGAGGAAAACAAGAAACAAAUAUUCUAAACGAAACAGUGUAUUUAUGAUUUUUGUGGUUCAUGCUGUGGCCACAGACAUGAUCUGACGGUGAGUUUGGGGUAGCCCAAUGCAAAAAUCCUGAGGAUCCAUGUGGAUCCAUGCUUUGUAACCACGUUUUUGCGCCAUUGCAGCCCCAUGAAACAGUGGGUGCGUGUGUGUUUUUUGGUGCAGGCUGUAGCCAUGGAUAUGCUAUGUGAUCUGAUGGUGAACUUGGGGUGACCCAGUGCAAAAAUCCUGAGGAUCCAUGUGGAUCCGUGCUUUGUAACCAUGUUUUAAGUGGGGAGGGAAGGAAAAGCAUUCAAGGGACAAGGAGCACGCGUGGGGUGUGUGGAGAAGGAUGCUGCUAAUAAUGCAGAAGAGGGGUUUAAGGGGAGAAGGAACACGCGUGGGGUGUGUGGAGAGGGAUGCGGCUAAUAAUGCAGGCGAGGGGUUUAAGGGGAGAAGGAACACGCGUGGGGUGUGUGGAGAAGGAUGCGGCUAAUAAUGCAGGCGAGGGGUUUAAGGGGAGAAGGAACUCGCGUGGGGUGUGUGGAGAAGGAUGCGGCUAAUAAUGCAGGCGAGGGGUCUAAGGGGAGAAGGAACACACAUGGGGUGUGUGGAGAAGGAUGCUGCUAAUGAUGCAGGAGAGGGGUUUAAGGGGAGAAGGAGCUCGCGUGGGGUGUGUGGAAAAGGAGCUUUUCGGCGAGCUGAGCGGGGAGGGGGGAGGGAAAGAGCACUGUUGCUUUAAAGGAGCCAACCGGACAGCAGCCACUUACAGCAGUGUAAACAGCUCCUUUCCUCUCCCGCUUUGCUCCUUCUCUCCCUCUUUGCUGCUUUACGCAGCUAAUGGCAAAUCCCCUGCAACCCAAGUCCUGCUCAGCGGAUCAGCUGAGACGCUGGGAGAAUCGUAAUUUUCCCCUCUCCCUCAUCCCGUGCCCUCCUGUCCCCAGCAGCCUUUUAAAAAACUUUUUUACUGGUUUUCACUGCGCUCGUGGCUCAGAGGACUCCUGUGCCCUGCCGUCCCUCUGCAGCCUCGUUGCUCCGUUUAGAGAGCGCACGGACCUUUGCUAGCUGAGGCUGCAGCAGCUAUUGCUGGCUAUGCGGCGCUUUUUCCGGCUCGCUAUGGCUCCCGUCUGUCCCUUCUCCCGUGUAAGCGGCUGCUGCCCUCUUUGCUGCCAUGGCUCUCCUUCCCUCCCUCCUCCCCAGCUCCUCCCCCUCCUCCUGGCUGUAAAGCAAGCAAAGCUAGAGCGGGACAGAAGCCCUACAAGCAGCUCCCGCUUUGCUUGACUGACGGUAGCCAUGAGUGCAUUCGCUCCGUAACACGCACAGGCAUUUUUCCUUACUUUCUAGGAGCAAAAAAGUGCGUGUUUUGGAGCGAAAAUUACGGUACCUGCGAUGCAGAUGACCUUUUUUAUUGAGUGUUCUGAAUCUUGAAAAUUGUUUCUAUUUUGUUUUCAGGUGCUUCAAGAUACUGAGCGCGAAUGGUGAACCCAAAGUGUUCAGGCCAAGGGACCGUGAUGAUAUUGUAAAAACUGUGAUUGAGCCUAUGGCCUCAGAGGGACUCAGAACCAUAUGUCUGGCAUUCAGAGACUUCCCAGCUGGAGAACCUGAGCCAGAAUGGGACAAUGAAAAUGACAUUGUCACUGGGCUUACAUGUAUUGCUAUUGUAGGCAUUGAAGACCCUGUGAGGCCUGAGGUAGGCGGAAACUCUUCAUUAAAGUGUGUUUUAGAACAUUAUUUGCUAAAGUAAUAACUUAAUGUUCUGCCAGUGUUUGGAAACAAUGCCAUACUUUACUUCGAAAACAGGUGUAAGCAUGUCAAGGCAUUAAAAUAAUUCCCGAGACCUAACAUAACCAAAUAAAGAUAAAUUCACAUCUUCAUUUUGAUUGGCUUGAGUUCGAUCUUCAAGUCCCUUUUGUGAGUGAAAAGUAACUGCUGCAGAUGGUGUCAUUUUUAGGGAAACAUAUCACAUCCUGAAUUUGUGUGAGGUGAGGUAGAUCCCGCCUCUUUAAGAACAUGUCUUUAUCCAUGCUCCAAUGCAUUAGGUGGUGAUGGUGGAAAUCAGCUACUUUUUUAAAAAAAACCCUAAUUAAAUACCCCAAAUGAGAAAAAUAUUCAGUAUAAACAGCAUGUGCUUUUAAUCUAAAAGUUACUAGACAUUUGCAGAAUGUUUUUUCCUGCCCUGCUGAUCAAGCUUAAGUCGUAGUUCUCUUAGCUAGCAAGUGAACCCUCAUAAGUAGUCUGCUGUGUUACAGGGUUUGAUAACAAAACUUGUGUCAAAUGUCUGAGAAUUAGGCUUUGUCUCAAAAUAGCAAGAAAAAUUUUAUACAUUAGUUAAACAGGAGACUUCAGUCCCAGUCUCUCUCUCAGCCUUAAAACCUUUCAAAGAUGGGACACCCAAAUGUUUUUAGUAGUAAGUGCAUUUAAUAAGUUAACUGUAAGCUAUAGGAGCUUAAGUGUUACAGGUGCCCAGUUGUUGCCAUUAACACCCAAAUAUACAUGAUUAUAUUUGGAAUAUAUGCCGAAUAACAUGAUGAUACAAAAUUAUCUAUGGAACUGUGUUACGCCAUAUUAUUUCAACUGAAGGACAAUUUGAGAUUAAGUAAGCAGGAGAUUGGAGGGCAGAGAGUUGUGGAUAAAUAAUGUUUCAAGCAUGUCCAUGUAGCAAAGCUUCUUCAUAAACUAUUCUUUUUUCAAAAUAAAAAUUAGGUACCAGAUGCAAUAAAAAAAUGCCAGCGUGCUGGUAUAACUGUGCGUAUGGUUACUGGUGAUAAUAUCAACACUGCCCGUGCUAUUGCUUUAAAAUGUGGCAUUUUGCAUCCUGGUGAAGAUUUCUUAUGCCUAGAAGGCAAAGAAUUCAACCGACGAAUACGUAAUGAAAAAGGAGAGGUAGGUUUGGUUAAUAUUAUUCCCUUGAAUUUUGGUUUUUGAAAGUUUGCUUAGUUAUAAAGCUAAUCUAAAUUAUCUUUGCAGAUAGAACAAGAGAGAAUAGACAAAAUUUGGCCCAAGCUUCGUGUGCUUGCAAGGUCGUCCCCCACUGACAAACACACACUGGUAAAAGGUAAAUAAGCAUUCUCAAAUAGAAGGGUGGACUAUAACUGAUUGCUUUCCUUUGGAGCGGGGAGAAUAAACUUUUUAUUUUAGCCCAUGAUACUUGUAUUGAUCAUAUCAAUCCUGUAUCUAGGGCUGUCAAGGUCAUCCUUCAAAUCUGUAACCCUGCUCUGCAGGCAUUGAAGGGCAAAAAUUUAAAGAGGUGUUAACCAAAGUAUUUUAGAAAAGACUUGUUAAACCAUUUAAUCAAGGACAUCUAUUCACUGACUGGAUAAAGGUCUUUAGGAUCAGGAGGCCAUAUCUCUUCUUAAUACGGUUAAUAUUAGGUCAAGGCCAAACAGCAGCUCAUGAUUUGUAUUUUGAUGGCAAUUCAUAUAUCUGUACUUCCAUUUUAGGUAUAAUAGACAGCACAGUUUCAGAACAGAGGCAAGUUGUAGCGGUGACUGGUGAUGGUACCAACGAUGGUCCAGCAUUGAAAAAAGCAGAUGUUGGCUUUGCCAUGGUAAGUUUAAACUUCUGUCUACUGAUUUUGAUAAGUGCUCCUUUGCUGAGCUGUACUGCCAGUUUUCAUUGUGAUGAACAUUUGGAUUUAUACCAAAGAUUGAAUACAUCUAACUUACACUCAGCAGUGGCAAGAGCAAAACUGAUUGCAACUCCCUUGGCUUUCUGUUAACCCUAUUCUGAAAUAACCUUGAAGAGGGAAACUGCAUAAACUUACAAUGUCCAUAUACAGGAUUACACAUGUAUGAAAAGUGAAACAGGACUGCAGUUGGGUUCCCAUCUGUUCACUGUGUCAAUUGGGAUAGAAGCACAACUUGAUUUUUCAGUAUAUUAUGUUGCAGCUUUCUUGGUGAAGGGUGGGAUGUGGAGUAACUUGUGUCUCUGAAUCUAAAAUCAAAAGUAGGAACCUGAAGCUAUUAAUGUGGAGAUGGCACAAUAAACUUAUGUUUUGAUAAUACCAGCUAAAAUAGCUGGGAUUCUUAAUUUGUGUAAAGACAUAUAAAGCCAUCAUUGAGCAUUCCGGGGGACUGUUCUGAACGGAUAGUGGGGGAAGAAGUGGAAAACGGAAUGUGAAGAAAACCUCAGAGAGAAAUUUUACUGUCGCUGCUUGAGGUCAGAUUGUAUGAAACUCACUUUUGGCCAUUUUAAUCUGAAGCGUGCUGGGUCAUGAGAAGUUAAUGUGGUUCAUGCUAAGCUGAUACUACAUUUGAGCAUUUAUUGCUGAGAUCAGGUUUCUUCUGUUCCUUUUCCUUGUCAUAGUGGAAUUGUGCCACUGCAACUAAGAUGAGUGUAGACUAGCUUAUCUCUUUAGAAUUUGGUGUCACUUACAUGACGCUGAACCAUGAAUGCUUCUAUGUGUGUGGUUUUUUUCUUUUGAGUCUGGUUCAUUGAUCAUUCCAAGAAGUAGAAAUGAAUUAGUCUUGUUGCUCUUGUGGCAGGUGAAGCUUUAGAUUCCCUCCAUACCACUCACAUAUGUAGUAGCAUUUUAAGGUUACCCUUCCUUUUUUAGUUGAAGUAGCUGUGUUGCUGCAUAAGUAACAUUCUUUAUACUGCCAACAGUUUUUAACACUAGCAGCUUUUCUGAUUUUGUGGAUCAUAAUCAUUUGACACAAGUAGCUGACUACUUUCCUUGUUGGAAUGAUACGUAAGGGACCAUGCCUAGAUUCCAAAACCUAUUGCUUUCCUCAGCUAGAACUUGUGGAAUUUGCUUAAUGUGAAUGGAACAUUCAGGAGCUGUGCUACUGUGCCCCCUAGUGGCUUUGGAGGCUAACAAAAGAGGCUUUAGAGCGUCAGGCUAUUUUCAUCUAAGCAAAAAAUGUCCAAAAUAAAGGGCAAAUGAAGCCAAAAUGUGCCAUUUCAGAUACUUACAUUGUGGGUUUAUUGUACUGGAAUAGCUUUAACUAGCUUAUGUGCCAUUUUUCAUCAGUAAUCAUCCCUAAUGGGAACAGAUGAAAUUCACUUUCAAGAUUUGUAGAGUCUAUGCAUUGCAAUUCUGUAGUGAGUACAUUAGACUAAGACUCAUUGAAAUCAGACUUUCUUCCGCAUGUGCAAAGGAAUGGAUUGCAUGUUUUAUUAAGUCAGUUAAUAUUAGUGCCAACAACUCUCUAUCUCCAGAUAGAAACCCGAACUAAUAAUUGUUGCAAUUGAUUUUUAUAUACAAAUGCUGACAGUGUCUAGCCUAAACAAUUGGAUAUGACACAAUAGUUAUUCUUCUUACCAUUUGAUAUUACUUAAACUCGCUAUCAAGAUAGUGCAUCAUAAUAACAGCUUUUGUAAUGAAAUAUAUGUUAAAAGCAAAGGAUGAGACCACUGGAAGAUGGUAAUUUUUGGACCAGUGUUUUCAGGACUUGUGCGUGCACUUUUUAACUGCAAUGUGUAUAGCUGGAAUGUUGUUCAUUAUGUUGUGACUUUUUUGGGAUUUUUCUUUCAGGGUAUCGCUGGAACUGAUGUAGCUAAAGAAGCUUCCGAUAUUAUUCUCACAGAUGACAACUUCACAAGCAUUGUUAAAGCAGUUAUGUGGGGCCGAAAUGUGUAUGACAGUAUCUCCAAAUUCCUUCAGUUCCAGCUUACUGUCAAUGUAGUUGCAGUAAUUGUUGCUUUCACAGGAGCAUGUAUUACACAAGUAGGUAUUAUGUGUUCAUUUUCAACUAGUGAAAAUGCACACUUUGUAUAAACUGAUGAUACUAGCUUUUUAGAGUGAAUUUACUAGAUGUAUUUUUAAAAGCACAGUACCAAACCUCAAUGGAGAAAACAUUUAACUGCUGCAUGGCUUGUUGGUUUCUAGGAUAUUUGUGUUUAUGUAUUAGGAAAUGUAUCGUUUUUGUAGGAUUCUCCACUUAAAGCUGUUCAGAUGUUAUGGGUAAAUCUCAUAAUGGACACACUGGCUUCGCUUGCCUUGGCAACGGAACCACCCACAGAAGCUCUCUUGCUGAGGAAGCCUUACGGUAGAAAUAAACCUCUCAUCUCGCGAACGAUGAUGAAGAAUAUUCUGGGCCAUGCUUGCUAUCAGCUUGUGGUUGUCUUUACACUCCUGUUUGCUGGUAAGAAUUCUAGAUUCCUAAGCUUUAACUUUUUAGAAGCUAAGUGUUUUCUAUUGACUGCUUCUCAAAUAGCUAUUUUAGUUUUUGAAUGAACUCUUCAGUAUUUGAUGUUUACAUGGUAAUGCCUUACAUGAACAUCUAAAUCAGCACGAGAUACUGAGAGUGUUAAUCUCCCCUUCACAGGUGAAAAAAUAUUUGACAUUGAUAGUGGACGGAAUGCACCUCUUCACGCACCUCCUUCAGAGCACUAUACUAUUGUGUUUAAUACAUUUGUUAUGAUGCAGCUUUUUAAUGAAAUAAAUGCCCGAAAAAUCCACGGUGAAAGGAAUGUAUUUGAAGGAAUUUUCAAUAAUGCUAUAUUCUGUACCAUAGUUCUGGGCACAUUUAUUGUACAGGUGGGUUGGUUACUGAACUUACUUGAUACAGAAUUUUUUACUUUUUGUUGCCAAAGUUUUUCUCUCUAUAUAUAUAUACCGGUAUAUAUGUAUAUGUAUAUGUAUAUGUUAGGAUACAGCAUCCUUAGCAGGUCUAACAUAGUAUGUAAUUCAGCUGACAUCUUUAGAAAUGCUUUAAAUUUGGAGAUAAAAUACAGGUGACAGUUAAGGUCCAUAUCUCUGCCCAUUAUUCUGAUGAAUUCAUAGAUCCAACACGAUCAGUUAAGACAAUUUUGUUUGGAAAUCUGAUCUUUUCAUAUGUGACUUAAAUCCAGCUUCUAAUUUCACAAUUAAAUGGGCAUUGUAUUUGCAUGUUAGAUAAGAUUGAACUUUUGACUCUGAUCCUGUCCGCUGUCAACUAAAGCUAAGUGUAUCCAUCUAAGAAUGUGGCAGAAUUAGUAAUUAGUGUUUUGGAUGCCUGCACUGGAGUGUUAAAUAUGUUUGUAUGGUUCCAAAAAAAUGAAUGACUUCUCCCAGAACUGCCCUGGUAACUGCCCCUUAAAAUGCAAAUAAUGCACAUUCAUGGUUUGUAUUGAUUUUUUUACUUCAUUGCAUUUUUCCUCCACCCAUCUUCCCAAAGGAAACCUAGGGCAAUGCACAUACAAUCCAACAUAAUAAAAUAAAAUAUUAAAGUACCAAUAUAAAACUAUAAUUAAACAAUAACAUUCCAGGUAGCAGAGAUAAAAAUAUCACCCCAUCACAGUUUCCCAGGGGCUUCACAAAUCGUGACCUAGCUGUCUACCAAAAGAUGCGCGUGGUGGCGACAAACAGUAGACCAGAUGCAUUGGCAGAAGCAAGCUUCUGGGGGGCUCUAAAAAUCCAACAGAAAAAUAGCUCAGAAUUUUAUUUUCGGAAUAGAUGGGUCAAAUAAUUUGGUGCAACAUAGCCAGCACCGACUUUUAAAAAUAAAGUAGUGAUAAUAUUUGUGAUUUUUCUUAACAGAUCGUCAUUGUGCAGUUUGGAGGGAAACCUUUCAGUUGUUCAGAGCUUACAGUAGAACAGUGGCUCUGGUCAAUUUUUCUAGGAAUGGGCACACUUCUCUGGGGCCAGGUAAGAAGCAACAGCUUUUUUGUACAGUUCACUUGCUGGAAUUAUCAGUUCUUCUGUUUGGAAAAAUAUGUGUGUGUGCAUCCUACACUCCUCCUAUAGCAAGUGUGGUUUUCCCACCUGUAAGCAACUUGCUCCAUUACUCCCACUUUGAAGUUUUGUAGGGAACUUAGGGAAAGGAAGAAUUUGCUAGCAGUGUCACUCACCUGAUGGUAAGACUUCUCUCCGUGGAAUGGGGAGCAAGUUUUUGGCAAUUCUGUCUUCCUCCCUGCAGCUCCCAUGACUCCCUAAACCUGCUGCAAAGGGCUGGGGUAACCCUCUGGAGCAUAUUUAGGAAGGACACAGUGGGGUGCAAGUGGGGGAAAUCACUAAAAAUUGCUUCUGUCUCCAUUCACCUGAUGCAAGCCAUGCUGUCAACUGAGUGGCACAGUUAAAUGCAACCAGCAAUCUCUCUUCCUGCUGCUGUGAGUUGUCGGUUACUGCCUUGGUUGCAUCUAUUGCUGCUGUGCUUUCUACCUACUGUUUGCCAUAGCCUCCUUUAUCUCCCUGCACCCCAGUUAGUCACUGUAUGUUCUGCUUUGUUAGAAAAGAAGGUUUCAAGUAAAUGUUGUGGUCGGUGGGUGGGAAAUCUCAGUUGUUUAUCUGGAAUUCCCAGAAUUCCUCAGCACAGCUUGUGUUAUAAUUAGCUUUGACAAGCCUGUUAACUUCUUUCUCAUGAUUGUAGUUGAUAUCAACAAUUCCAACCAGCCACUUGAAAUUCCUUAAAGAAGCUGGUCAUGGAACCCAGAAGGAAGAGAUUCCAGAAGAAGAGUUGGCAGAAGAUGUAGAGGAGAUUGAUCAUGCUGAAAGAGAACUGCGGCGUGGUCAGAUAUUGUGGUUUAGGGGCCUAAACAGGAUACAAACUCAGGUAUGGUCUUGGAACAGGUAGGAGAUGGUUAGGGAUGAGGGGGUUAUAAAUCUUCCCGUUGUUCUUGGCAUUGGUUGGGGGGUAGCUAUAAACGGUGUGACUGAACUCUUUGCUAUGUGGUCAAAUGGUUGGCUCCUUAAUCCCUCAAAUUCCUUCUUUACUUCAUCUCUAAAUGCGCCUCUUGCUUCUUUACCUGCUCUAUAAAAGUGCCUUUUUUUUCUUUACUUUUUUAUAUGUUUUAUAGAUGGGAUGCUCCUUUCUCUUGUUCUCUCUCUCUCUUGCUGAGCAAGCUGUCACAAUCUCUGAUUCCUUGCAGAUGGAUGUAGUGAAUGCUUUCCAGAGUGGAACUUCUAUUCAGGGGGCUCUAAGGCGGCAACCUUCCAUCGCCAGCCAGCAUCAUGAUGUAACAAAUAUUUCUACCCCUACACAUGUAGUGUUUUCCUCUACUACUACUUCUACUACUACUACUGCUUCUACUACUGUGGGGUGUGAGUGCGUGUUCCUAAGUGCAUGAAAUUAACAUUUCCUAAUUCACACACCUAACGUUUCAUUCUCUUCUUCAGUCCUUAAAUUCAUCGUUAAGACUUUUCAUACUUUUUCUCACAAAAUGGAGUCCUCGAAACUCUUUUUUUUUUCGUAGAGGGCUACAACACAGGUGGAACAGUUGCAACUAUUGAUUUACAAUGAAAGCUGUGAGCCUGCACAUAUUGUGCCUUGAUUCUUGCAGAGGGGAGUUUAAAAAAUAUUCAGGAAACCGUUAUAAAUAUUUGAGUAUAUGCCUUCAAGAAUGACUGUUUGCAGGAAGAUAUACAAUACAGUUCAUUUAAAUGUUUAAAGCUGGCAAAUGUAAGUAGCUGGCUUUCACAUCCUUGCUAAAGGGAAGUACAAAACAUGUUGGGCAUAACUCAUGCAUAAAAUAUUGAGGGUUUGUAUUAAUAAUAAUUAUUAAUAUUAUUUAUACACCGCCCAUCUGGCUAGGUUUCCCCAGCCACUCUGGGCGGCUUACAGCACAUAAAAAAUUGUAAAACAUUAGACAUUAAAAAUUUCCUGAAAUAGGAUUGCCUUCAGAUAUCAUCUAAAAGUCAGAUAGUUGUUUAUUUCUUUGACAUCUGAUGGGAGGGCGUUCCACAGGGUGGGUGCCACUACCAAGAAGGCCCUCUGCCUGGUUCCCUGUAACCUUACUUCUCUCAGUGAGGGAACCACCAAAAGGCCCUCGGAGCUGGACCUCAGUGUCCAGGUUGAACGAUGGGGGUGGAGACACUCCUUCAGAUAUACUGGGCCGAGGCCAUUUAGGGCCUUAAAGGUCCACACCAACACUUUGUAUUGUGCUUGGAAAUGCACUGGGAGCCAAUGUAGGUCUCUCAGGACAGGUGUUAUAUGGUCUCAGUGGCCGCUCCCAGACCAGUCUAGCUGCCACAUUCUUUCUUUUACAUGGGGUUUCCUUCAAAGUUGCAGGAGUUCAGUUACUUACUGAGACUUGAAACCAAAUAUUUUCAUUAAUUCAAAGUAGUUGUUUCAAGUCAGUUACUUAUAUCAGGUAAUUUGAUGCAUUUUGCCCCCUAGGUUAUCUUGGCAACUAUAUGUAAACCUCAGUUUGGUUAUUUCUUCAGCUUUCUUCUUCUUGUGCCUUUUUCACUCACAAUAUUGCCACUGUAUGUGCUAACUGCCCUCUAAAAUUAGUAAUACUUUUAAGAUGGAAAGGACGUAACUUAGAACUUUAAAUACUUGGGUUAAAAUACCUCAAGCCUGGUAUAUACCUGGAAAAGUGGAUGCCCCCCCCCCCAAUAAUGAAAGUGCCUGGUGGGUUUUUUGUUUUCAAAAUAACAAAGGUGCCUAAUUACAUUGACAUUGACCUGAGAAAUCUUUCUUAGAAAUACUGCUUCUCAUGAAGUAUUUGAGUGGCAUGAAAGAGGGAUGAUACCCAUAGAAAUGGAAAGGCCCCACAGGCUUGUUUGCAAACUCUUGUAGUAAGAGGAAGUUUUCUUUGUCUGCAGCUAAUGUCUUGAUGUUGUGAGAUUUGUAUGUUUUUGGAUCCCGGUCCAAGAGUUUUAUGUGCUUGAAUUUCAGUAUGUUUCAAACAUCAAACUUAAAGAAAUUACAUGAAAUAUUUGACUAACAUCAGAUAUUUCAAAAAUAGAAAUGGUAUUUCCAAUAGUGUCCAUAAUACUGAAAGUGUAGGGGUGAGCAAUUAUUUCUGUUGCUUUCUAUUGAUAGUUUGGUGACGAUCUCCUUUCUGUGAAUGGGGUGCCUUGUCUUUCCCAGUAGACCAGUCUAAAUCAGUUUGGUGGUCUUUUGGCCUCCACAUGCUGCUUAGCCCUAUAUGAAUACUGAUACAGAAGUCCAGAGUUUCCAUGUGUACAUGCAAACUCACAUGUACACAACAUGCUUGCUGCUGUUCGUGUAUUGAAAGGUAACACCUCUUUCCAAUAUAGAUCUUUUAAAAUGGUCUGCAGUUGACUUCUGCCUAGUAGUUUUGAUGCAUUAGCUCAAGAAUUUUUUUCCCUUGGACUUACUUUUCUUCUGAUAGCAAAGGAAACCUUGUCGUGUUGGAAAUGCAGAAUUUUAGUGCAACAUAGAGGGUGGGCCGACUGGGGUAUGAGAUUCUUCUAUGAACAGGCAUAUCACAAGAUUAGAAUAUAAACAUUGAGGAGGAAACUUGCACAAGUCCCUUCCCUGAAACAAACUGAUAAUGUGAAUACAUCAUGUAAACAUUCUUUUCGCAUAAGUUGUCUGACACAUUUUGACCUAGCAUUUGGUUAGCUAAGGAGGUGAUGGUUCAAAAAUCUAUAAUCCUACUAAAAAAUUGUUAUGGAUUUUAAAAAUUGCUCAUGUUUAAAAUAGAAUCUUGCCCCUUGGUUCUAUAUGUAUUCUGACUAAAGAAUGUGUGUUCUGGCAUUCCAUUUGUAAUGAGGAUGUUUUCAUAAAUGUCAAAGUUACGUGCAGUACAAGUGAAAACACCAGUCAUUUUAUAACACAGAUUCUCAGUUUUGCAAAGGUACUAUUUGGAAUAGGAUCAGAUGGUUUAUUUUCAUAGCAGAAAAGUUAUAAUAUGAAAUGUCAUAAUGGGAUUACGAUUUAGAAGAUAGCAUUACAUUCAUACCUGUUCACAGUAUUAAACUUCAUUUGACAAACUGAGAUGUACAAAUUCUUUUCGCUGUAGCCUUUUCACUGUAAAACAAAAUGAGCUGCAACAAAUAUUGGAGGUCUUUUAUUACUGCCCUUUUCAGUUGUUUGGAAGACAAUUACACUAUAGAGUUUACGAAGGUUAAAAUCUGUAUUCAUAAAUCAUGGACCAGCUGUUUCAUAUGUUCUGGUGUCGUUUGAAUGUGACUGUGAUGCUUGUGUGUAUAUAAUAUGGUUGAAAUACAUGCCUCUUACAGAUAGUAUUUUAUAGUAUUUAUAUUUGUAUUUCUUCUUGAUUCUGCAAACUGUGAUACAAAUGACUAUGCAAGUGUUCUGUGUGGUAUAUACUCAAAUAUUUACAUUUGUAAAGGUUUUUUUUUUCCUUUCUUGAUAUUAGAAGGAAUGUCAGCAAUUUUGACACUGCUUACUAUUGACUUAUUCAUACUUGGACACUCCAUAAAUCCAGGAGACACCAUAAUUCCCAGCAUGAUUGAAAAGUAACUUCCAAAAUUCCUGCCAUCUUUAUGGUUUCAGAAGUCUAAUGUUUUACUCAUUUAAAUUGGAGUAGAUUUUUCAGAUUGGCUUAAUAUAUAUAUAUUUUAAUCGCUUAGCCCAUGUUUAAUUUAUAAGUGCAGCACCAGUUCAGCUUUGUAGGGUUUUGCAUUUUUUACAGGGCACUUGACAUUUUUAUUCCUACUGAAGCCUGGCAGUGCUCUCCUGAAAUGCUCUUCCAUUUUUAUUUUUAUUUUCACAGUCUAUUGCAAGUUCCACUGCAUUACAUACAAAUUCAGUUCACUCAUGUCUAGCUGUCUGUGGAUUCAAACCCAUAAAAACCGUAUUCCCUUUAGAACAAUCAGCUGUAUACUGACAUUUACGCUUUUCAUCCUUGCAGAUCCGAGUGGUGAAUGCAUUUCGUAGUUCCUUAUAUGAAGGAUUAGAAAAACCUGAGACACGAAGUUCGAUCCACAAUUUUAUGACGCAUCCGGAGUUUAGCAUAGAAGAUUCUGAGACUCAUAUUCCCCUUAUUGAUGAUACCGAUGCUGAAGAUGAUGCUCCAACGAAACGAAACUCCACUCCUCUUCCACCCUCUCCCAACAAAAAUAACAAUGCGGUUGACAGUGGAAUUCAUCUUACAACAGACUUGAACAAGUCUGCUACCUCUUCAUCCCCAGGGAGCCCACUACAUAGUUUGGAAACAUCACUCUGAUUGUAAGCCGAAUGUUAAUACAUUAGCUGCAUUGUAAAGAAACAAAUUGAAACUGGGUCUUCUCACUCACUGAGAUGGGCAAGAUGGUAUUCUUGUCUUGGACUUCAACAAGAAGAUAUACUUGUACGAAUGUAGAUUUAUUUUUUUAAAAAAAGCUUUCUGCCAGACUUGAGGGUGCUUUUUUGGGGGUGGGAGUAAUAAUGAACUCUGACAGAUAAACAGUAACUUGGUUUAAGUGACCUGUGGAUCAUCAGCUGUACUUAAAAAUGGCCCUUAAGAAUGUCUUAGCGGAGCUUUCGUUUCUUGUUCCUUUUUGAGGAGAGGUCUGGAAAGGGCAAGGGAGCUCUGGAUCACUGAAUUGAUGAUGAUUUUUCAUUUCUGCUGUUGGCUGUUAAUAAUUUGGAUUAUUUAUGUUUAUAAAUGAUACAGAUCUGUUUACAAGGUUUGUAGAUACUUUUUUGUUCCUGUUCAUAGAUGGGAAGCUUCCUUAUAAAUGAUGCAGAAAAUAUUAGUCCAUCAAAUACUGCUGUAUUUUCAGGAAAGGGUGUUUCUAUUGAAACUGUACUAAAUUUUUGCCUGCAACUUACCUUGUUAAAUAUUGUAGAUAAAAUUGCUACUACUAAUAGCCAAAUAGGUAACACUAAUGCUUUGUAAAAACAAAAAACAGGAAAAAAAACCAUGAGCAGUGGUGUUCUGAUGAAGUUAUGGCCUCUGUCCUAAUUAGUUUCUUAAACAUUUACUACUUAAUGGUUUUGAAGCAACUGUAAAAAAUUUACAAAUUGAGAAACUUACUGAAUAACUUCUGUUCAGAAUUUAGUAGAGGAUUGUUUAAUGCAGGACAAUGUGAUGGAAGUUGCUUGAAAUACUUUUGUUAUCUCAGGCAAAAUGGAUUAAAUCAAAAUACAUCAGAACCUUAGUCCUUUUUGUUUUUGUCUAAACACAGUAGCUUAGUGCUGUCUUGGUGAACUGUGAGUGAAGCUGUUUAUUUUUUCUGAUCUUUAGUAUCUUUACAGCAUGAGGGCUGCUGGCAUUUGGAAAGUCAUGAGUAGGUAGCAUAAAUGUUUUCUUUUUGUUUUGAAAUUCAUUUGUAAAAAAAUUAAUAAAUCGGCCCUUUUGUUAAAAUAAAUAUGCGGCAAUGUUUUUUACAGGAUUCAGCAUCUUUACAAAUUGUUGUUUUUUUAAAUAGAUUUUGGUGGCUUCGUUGAGAAUGAAGUUAAUGAAAGUUUUUCAAAAAAAAUACACUGGGUGAUAUCCAACAGUGUCAGUCCGCUUUUGCAAGUGAGUCUUGCUUGUGCGAUAGGACUUGAAACUUCACCAUUCUCUCCUCCCCCUGCAUGCCCCCAGAAUCUGCCCCAUAGGAUUAGGGGUCCCAGUGGAGCAGCUUGAGGGGGCAUGGGAGGUGGCUACAAGGGAAGGGGAAGUCCUGUCCCAUGUUCACUGGUGCAGUGCUGAAUAUCACUCACUGUUCUCAUUGGUGCAACAGAUGAGAUUUGCGAAUCAGGCUGGAUAUGUUCUCAAGGCUUAAAGGUCUGAAUAUUGGCAGCAAAAUGUGUUCUCCUAUAAGGUUACCCAUGACUACUUAAAAAAGAAAACCAGAAUUCUUGGAAAUAAAGUCAGAUGGCAAGUAUUGACUAUCCUUAUAAAGCAGUUUUUUGGGGGCCCAAAAAUAGUACAGGUAGCAAGAAGCUGGAAAGCAUACACUUGAGUCUCUGAAAGCUGGGUUUUUCUAAAAGCAAUGUUUUGUAACAAUGUGUUCCUCCUUUUGGGAUUUCUUUUCUGCAUCUAAAGCAUUUUCUCCUCCUGCAAGUCUUGGAUACUUUUUUUUCUUUUGCCAGUGAAGCCAAACAAAGAGGAGAAGAAUAAAUAACUCAGAUAAGUAGUUUGAUGAAAGUACUGCUGAGUGGGAAAGUGAAACAGGACCCUUGACAGUAGCUCUUUGUGUGUUCUGAGUCAUGGCUGAAGGCGCCCAGGUUUCACUCUUCAAAGCGAUCUGUUUUUAAAUCCUUUUGUAAGAGCUGUGCCUUUCUCAUAAGGGAACCUGGCAUGCAUCAGCUCUGAUGGUAGGUGGUGUUUUGACCUAGUUGGAGGAGAGUAGUUCUGGGGAAGCUAACCUAACAAGGUAAAGAGAAGAGAACGCACCAUAUAUGUAGUGUGCAGAAUUAAACAACUCGAGAAUGAAAUGGCUACACUUAAGAGUGCUUGAGUUGACAUCAUACUGGGGAGGUAAUGCCUGCAUCAAAUGCAUAUUGUUUCAGUUUUUCAAUGAAAUGAUGUACAAAUGUUCAAGUAAAAUAUUUAGGAUUUUGGUAUCGAACCAACUCUCUUCAGUGAGCAUAUAUAGCCAUCCUUAAGGUUUUGCACAUUGUAUCCCACUGUCAACCACUCAUUCAAAUUUCAUGAAUGGUUUCUCCUAGUCCCUUCUGGAAAAUUCACCAUAUAGUCACACUACAUUUGUACUUUUAUGUAACAGCUAUUCCAGAGGUUCCUUCUUGUAAGUGAAGAGGAAAUACAGUUUGGGAAGGUGACAAUCUUGUAACCAGGAGGAGAGUGUUCCUGCAACAGAUAUAGAUAAGUGAAAUUUAACUGUCGAGAUUCAAUGUAAUAGUACUUGUUACAUUUUUACCUUGCUAUUUGAACACAAUCCUGGGGUUUUUUCUGUCUGAAUGGUAGUCAUGAUUGCACUCUACUGUCCAAAAAUCUACUGUGAAUUAUACAUUUCAGACCUUUUUUUGAGGAACUGUAGACUUUGUGUACAAAUUAUCCAUUUUGAUCCUGUUGACCAACAGUACAUUGAGUCUUAUAGCAAGUGUAAGUGUAAUCUGAAAUUGGGACUACUUGUUCAAUAACGUUACUACUGUGAAAGCAACAUACCAUAACAUGUUAGUUAUCAAACUAUCGUUGCCGCUUUUCAACUGCUGAGCCCCACAUUGCUUUCUCUGGUUGUAAGGCUUUUUUAGCUUGCUCAAUGUAACUUAAAUAAAUAAAUGUGCUGUUUAUCUGUCUCUGGAUGGGGACUGAAAUUUUUGAAAGUAUUUAUUUUAUUUGAAAUAUAUAACUUUAUUC